UUUAUAGACAGUGACACAAGCAACGAUGGCUAUGUGGACACAGACGAGGAGGUGUCCAAUGGGAGGGUGAACCUACUGAGCGGCUCUGGGCCUCCAUACUUCCACAGCUACCUCUACAUGAAGGGUGAGUACUGGGCCUCCAUACUUCCACAGCUACCUCUACAUGAAGGGUGAGUACUGAGUAACCUCGUCCCCAGGGCGCAUAGAGCCUGGUAACAAGUGUGCAACAAAUUGGGACUUGAGGUGGCUGCUGUUAAAAUGGAGGCGGGAGAGGGAGAAAGCCUGUUACAGCUGUAUUAGAUUGGACUGGAAAAUCACCAAUCAAAAUAAAUGGUCUAUCACAGCGACCAUGUUAUUUUUGGAGAGCCCAAUUUGAUUCUGAGUACAGGCAUAUAACAUUUAUAUGUGAAAACUAUUUCUUAGAUGCAUACUUUCCAAUUUCCCGAACUCCCUUGUUUAGCCCAUUACUUGCGCUGCUCGCCCUUUGAAAUCCACAAAGAGGGGGAGGUGCUAGAUGGUGAUGGACUGAUAGAUCAGCCAAUUAAAACCAGCAGCUGUUUUUGCCGCUCCUGUCAUAGACUGCCAUUCAAGUCCCGUUCUGAGGCGCUCUGAAACCAGACGUCUGGAUAGAGAGAGCCAGCCGGUGGGCAAGAUUAAGUACUGAGUACAUUUACCAAACCACUGGCCAACAGGCAUGUAGGGGUUUCAUGUUGCACUGAAGACUGUGUUGUAGUGUUGUGGUCCUCUGGUUGGCUGGUAUACCAACAGAGACCAGUAAGUCCUCUGGCUGGUAUACCAACAGAGACCAGUAAGUCGUAUGGUUGGCUGGUAUACCAACAGAGACCAGUAAGUCCUCUGGUUGGCUGGUAUACCAACAGAGACCAGUAAGUCCUCUGGUUGGCUGGUAUACCAACAUAGACCAGUAAGUCCUCUGGCUGGCUGGUAUACCAACAGAGACCAGUAAGUCCUCUGGCUGGUAUACCAACAGAGACCAGUAAGUCGUAUGGUUGGCUGGUAUACCAACAGAGACCAGUAAGUCCUCUGGCUGGUUGGCUGGUAUACCAACAGAGACCAGUAAGUCCUCUGGCUGGCUGGUAUACCAACAGAGACCAGUAAGUCCUCUGGCUGGUAUACCAACAGAGACCAGUAAGUCACAUGGUUGGCUGGUAUACAAACAGAGACCAGUAAGUCCUCUGGUUGGCUGGUAUACCAACAGAGACCAGUAAGUCUUACCAACAGAGACCAGCGGCAGCCAGAGGACUUACUGGUCUCUGUUGGUAUACCAGCCAGCCAGAGGACUUACUGGUCUCUGUUGAUAUACCAGCCAGCCAGAGGACUUACUGGUCUCUGUUGGUAUACCAGCCAGCCAGAGGACUUACUGGUCUCUGUUGGUAUACCAGCCAACCAGAGGACUUACUGGUCUCUGUUGGUAUACCAGCCAACUAGAGGACUUACUGGUCUCUGUUGGUAUACCAUCCAGCCAGCCAGAGGACUUACUGGACUCUGUUGGUAUACUAGCCAGCUAGCCAGAGGACUUACUGGUCUCUGUUGGUAUACCGGCUAGCCAGCCAGAGGACUUACUGGUCUCUGUUGGUAUACCAGCCAACCAGCCAGAGGACUUACUGGUCUCUGUUGGUAUACCAGCCAGCCAGCCAGAGGACUUACUGGUCUCUGUUGGUAUACCAGCCAGCCAGCCAGAGGACUUACUGGUCUCUGUUGGUAUACCAGCCAGCCAGAGGACUUACUGGUCUCUGUUGGUAUACCAGCCAGCCAAAGGACUUACUGGUCUCUGUUGGUAUACCAGCCAACCAGAGGACUUACUGGUCUCUGUUGGUAUACCAGCCAGCCAGCCAGAGGACUUACUGGUCUCUGUUGGUAUAUCAGCCAACCAGCAGACUUACUGGUCUCUGUUGGUAUAAAAGCCAGCCAGAGGACUUACUGGUCUCUUUUGGUAUACCAGCCAGCCAGAGGACUUACUGGUCUCUGUUGGUAUACCAGCCAGCCAGAGGACUUACUGGUCUCUGUUGGUAUACCAGCCAACCAGCAGACUUACUGGUCUCUGAUGGUAUAAAAGCCAGUAAGUCCUCUGGCUGGCUGGCUGGUAUACCAACAGAGACCAGUAAGUCCUCUGGCUGGCUGGCUGGUAUACCAACAGAGACCAGUAAGUCCUCUGGCUGGCUGACUGGUAUACCAACAGCGACCAGUAAGUCCUCUGGCUAGCUGGCUGGCUGGUAUACCAACAGAGACCAGUAAGUAUUCUGGCUGGCUGGUACACCAACAGAGACCAGUAAGUCCUCUGGCUGGCUGGCUGGUAUACCAACAGAGACCAGUAAGUCCUCUGGCUGGCUGGCUGGUAUACCAACAGAGACCAGUAAGUCCUCUGGCUGGCUGACUGGUAUACCAACAGCGACCAGUAAGUCCUCUGGCUGGCUGGCUGGUAUACCAACAGAGACCAGUAAGUCCUCUGGUUGGCUGGUAUACCAACAGAGACCAGUAAGUCCUCUGGCUGGCUGGUAUACCAACAGAGACCAGUAAGUCCUCUGGUUGGCUGGUAUACCAACAGAGACCAGUAAGUCGUCUGGUUGGCUGGUAUACCAACAGAGACCAGUAAGUCGUCUGGUUGGCUGGUAUACCAACAGAGACCAGUAAGUCCUCUGGCUGGUUGGCUGGUAUACCAACAGAGACCAGUAAGUCUUCUGGCUGGCUGGUAUACCAACAGAGACCAGUAAGUCCUCUGGUUGGCUGGUAUACCAACAGAGACCAGUAAGUCGUCUGGCUGGAUGGCUGGUAUACCAACAAAGACCAGUAAGUCUUCUGGCUGGCUGGUACACCAACAGAGACCAGUAAGUCCUCUGGCUGGCUGGCUGGUAUACCAACAGAGACCAGUAUGUCCUCUGGCUGGUUGGCUGGUAUACCAACAGAGACCAGUAAGUCCUCUGGCUGGCUAGCCGGUAUACCAACAGAGACCAGUAAGUCCUCUGGCUAGCUGGCUAGUAUACCAACAGAGACCAGUAAGUCCUCUGGCUGGCUGGAUGGUAUACCAACAGAGACCAGUAAGUCCUCUAGUUGGCUGGUAUACCAACAGAGACCAGUAAGUCCUCUGGUUGGCUGGUAUACCAACAGAGACCAGUAAGUCCUCUGGCUGGCUGGAAUACCAACAGAGACCAGUAAGUCAUCUGGCUGGCUGGUAUACCAACAGAGACCAGUAACUCCUCUGGCUGGCUGGUAUAUCAACAGAGACCAGUAAGUCCUCUGGCUGGCUGGUAUACCAACAGAGACAAGUAAGUCUUCUGGCUGGCUGGUAUUCCAACAGAGACCAGUAAGUCCUCUGGUUGGCUGGUAUACCAACAGAGACCAGUAAGUCCUCUGGCUGGCUGGCUGGUAUACCAACAGAGACCAGUAAGUCCUCUGGCUGGCUGGCUGGUAUACCAACAGAGACCAGUAAGUCCUCUGGCUGGUUGGCUGGUAUACCAACAGAGACCAGUAAGUCCUCUGGCUGGCUGGAAUACCAACAGAGACCAGUAAGUCAUCUGGCUGGCUGGCUGGUACACCAACAGAGACCAGUAAGUCCUCUGGCUGGCUGGCUGGUAUACCAACAGAGACCAGUAAGUCCUUUGGCUGGCAUACCAACAGAGACCAGUAAGUCCUCUGGCUGGCUGGUAUACCAACAGAGACCAGUAAGUUGUCUGGCUGGCUGGUAUACCAACAGAGACCAGUAAGUCCUCUGGCUGGCUGGCUGGUAUACCAACAGAGACCAGUAAGUCCUUUGGCUGGCAUACCAACAGAGACCAGUAAGUCCUCUGGCUGGCUGGUAUACCAACAGAGACCAGUAAGUUGUCUGGCUGGCUGGUAUACCAACAGAGACCAGUAAGUUGUCUGGCUGGCUGGUAUACCAACAGAGACCAGUAAGUCCUCUGGCUGGAUGGCUGGUAUACCAACAGAGACCAGUAAGUCCUUUGGCUGGCAUACCAACAGAGACCAGUAAGUCCUCUGGCUGGCUGGUAUACCAACAGAGACCAGUAAGUUGUCUGGCUGGCUGGUAUACCAACAGAGACCAGUAAGUUGUCUGGCUGGCUGGUAUACCAACAGAGACCAGUAAGUCCUCUGGUUGGCUGGUAUACCAACAGAGACCAGUAAGUCCUCUGGCUGGCUGGUAUACCAACAGAGACCAGUAAAUUGUCUGGCUGGCUGGUAUACCAACAGAGACCAGUAAGUCCUCUGGUUGGCUGGUAUACCAACAGAGACCAGUAAGUCCUCUGGCUGGCUGGUAUACCAACAGAGACCAGUAAGUUGUCUGGCUGGCUGGUAUACCAACAGAGACCAGUAAGUCCUCUGGCUGGCUGGUAUACCAACAGAGACCAGUAAGUCCUCUGGCUGGCUGGUAUACCAACAGAGACCACUAAGUUGUCUGGCUGGCUGGUAUACCAACAGAGACCAGUAAGUCCUCUGGCUGGCUGGUAUACCAACAGAGACCAGUAAGUUGUCUGGCUGGCUGGUAUACCAACAGAGACCAGUAAGUCCUCUGGCUGGCUGGUAUACCAACAGAGACCAGUAAGUUGUCUGGCUGGCUGGUAUACCAACAGAGACCAGUAAGUUGUCUGGCUGGCUGGUAUACCAACAGAGACCAGUAAGUUGUCUGGCUGGCUGGUAUACCAACAGAGACCAGUAAGUCCUCUGGCUGGCUGGUAUACCAACAGAGACCAGUAAGUCCUCUGGCUGGCUGGUAUACCAACAGAGACCAGUAAGUUGUCUGGCUGGCUGGUAUACCAACAGAGAGUGGUCUUUUGUGUUUUCGCCUGUGAACCUCUUCCUUUAACGAUCUACAAAAACUGCAACAUUUAUAUUCUCUCUCUCUCUCUCUCUAAAGAACUUAGUAAUAACUGCUGAUGUAAAAAGGGCUUUAUACAUUGAUUGAUUGGCUGGUUGAUAUUUUCCCCCUUGUCCAGGUGGUCUGAUGAUCCCGUGGAGACGGCGGUGGUGUGUGUUAAAGGAUGAGGUCUUCAUGUGGUUCAGGGCUAAGCAAGACAGUCUGAAGAGUGGCUGGCUGUCUAAGAAGGGAGGUGGCAUGUCCACUCUGUCCAGAAGGAACUGGAAGCAGCGCUGGUUCGUACUGAGAGAAGAUAAACUCAUGUACUUUGAGAACGACAGCGAGGAGAAACUGAAGGGGACCAUCGACAUCCGCUCCGCCAAGUAAGAACCUGCUCCCAUAUCUGAUGAAACGCACUGUAGGCUAACCUAACAUUCACCUCCUAGCCUGCGUUCACACAGGCAGACAGAUUCAGAUAUUUUUUUCCACUAAUUGGUAUUUUGACAAAUCACGUCAGUCUUUUCACAUCAAAUCUUUUUCAGCUGGUCUGAUUGGUCAAAAGACCAAUUAGUGAAAAUAAUAUAAUAAUUGGGCUGGCUGUGUAAACACAUCCAUAGUGGUUCUUUCCAGUAACAGUUUAUUUUCUCGUGAUUUCACUUUUUAGAACUCUGGCAAAAACUAAUCUUAUACAUUACUAGCUGAAUACAUUACUAGCUGAACACAUUAGUAGAUGAAUACAUUAUUAGAUGAAUACAUUACUAACUGAAUACAUUAUUAACUGAAUACAUUAUUAGAUGAAUACAUUACUAGAUGAAUACAUUAUUAGAUGAAUACAUUAUUAGAUGAAUACAUUACUAACUGAAUACAUUGCUAGAUUAAUUUCUUUAGAGACUGCUCCACUGUCUACAGGGACAUAGUGGAUAACCUGUCUCUAACCUGUGGUGUCCCCAUCCCACUGGUCUACAAGGGACAUAGUGGAUACCUGUCUCAACCUGUGGUGUCCCAUCCCACUGUCUACAGGGACAAGGGAACCCCCUGUGGUGUCCCCCAUCCCACUGUCCUACAGGGACCUAGUGGAUAAACCUGUCCUCUAACCGGUGGGGUCCCCAUCCCACUGUCUACAGGGACAUAGUGGAUAACCUGUCGCUAACCUGUGGUGUCCCCAUCCCCUGUCCUACAAGGGACAUAGUGGAUAACCUGUCCUCUAACACCUGUGGGGUCCCCCAUCCCACUGUCUACAGGGGACAUAGUGGGAUAACCUGUCCCUAACCUGUGGGUGUCCCCAUCCCACUGUCUACAGGGACAUAGUGGAUAACCUGUCUCUAACCUGUGGUGUCCCCAUCCCACUGUCUACAGGGACAUAGUGGAUAACCUGUCUCUAACCUGUGGUGUCCCAUCCCACUGUCUACAGGGACAUAGUGGAUAACCUGUCUCUAACCUGUGGUGUCCCCAUCCCACUGUCUACAGGGACAUAGUGGAUAACCUGUCUCUAACCUGUGGUGUCCCCAUCCCACUGUCUACAGGGACAUAGUGGAUAACCUGUCUCUAACCUGUGGUGUCCCCAUCCCACUGUCUACAGGGACAUAGUGGAUAACCUGUCUCUAACCUGUGGUGUCCCCAUCCCACUGUCUACAGGGACAUAGUGGAUAACCUGUCUCUAACCUGUGGUGUCCCCAUCCCACUGUCUACAGGGACAUAGUGGAUAACCUGUCUCUAACCUGUGGUGUCCCCAUCCCACUGUCUACAGGGACAUAGUGGAUAACCUGUCUCUAACCUGUGGUGUCCCCAUCCCACUGUCUACAGGGACAUAGUGGAUAACCUGUCUCUAACCUGUGGUGUCCCCAUCCCACUGUCUACAGGGACAUAGUGGAUAACCUGUCUCUAACCUGUGGUGUCCCCAUCCCACUGUCUACAGGGACAUAGUGGAUAACCUGUCUCUAACCUGUGGUGUCCCCAUCCCACUGUCUACAGGGACAUAGUGGAUAACCUGUCUCUAACCUGUGGUGUCCCCAUCCCACUGUCUACAGGGACAUAGUGGAUAACCUGUCUCUAACCUGUGGUGUCCCCAUCCCACUGUCUACAGGGACAUAGUGGAUAACCUGUCUCUAACCUGUGGUGUCCCCAUCCCACUGUCUACAGGGACAUAGUGGAUAACCUGUCUCUAACCUGUGGUGUCCCCAUCCCACUGUCUACAGGGACAUAGUGGAUAACCUGUCUCUAACCUGUGGUGUCCCCAUCCCACUGUCUACAGGGACAUAGUGGAUAACCUGUCUCUAACCUGUGGUGUCCCCAUCCCACUGUCUACAGGGACAUAGUGGAUAACCUGUCUCUAACCUGUGGUGUCCCCAUCCCACUGUCUACAGGGACAUAGUGGAUAACCUGUCUCUAACCUGUGGUGUCCCCAUCCCACUGUCUACAGGGACAUAGUGGAUAACCUGUCUCUAACCUGUGGUGUCCCCAUCCCACUGUCUACAGGGACAUAGUGGAUAACCUGUCUCUAACCUGUGGUGUCCCCAUCCCACUGUCUACAGGGACAUAGUGGAUAACCUGUCUCUAACCUGUGGUGUCCCCAUCCCACUGUCUACAGGGACAUAGUGGAUAACCUGUCUCUAACCUGUGGUGUCCCCAUCCCACUGUCUACAGGGACAUAGUGGAUAACCUGUCUCUAACCUGUGGUGUCCCCAUCCCACUGUCUACAGGGACAUAGUGGAUAACCUGUCUCUAACCUGUGGUGUCCCCAUCCCACUGUCUACAGGGACAUAGUGGAUAACCUGUCUCUAACCUGUGGUGUCCCCAUCCCACUGUCUACAGGGACAUAGUGGAUAACCUGUCUCUAACCUGUGGUGUCCCCAUCCCACUGUCUACAGGGACAUAGUGGAUAACCUGUCUCUAACCUGUGGUGUCCCCAUCCCACUGUCUACAGGGACAUAGUGGAUAACCUGUCUCUAACCUGUGGUGUCCCCAUCCCACUGUCUACAGGGACAUAGUGGAUAACCUGUCUCUAACCUGUGGUGUCCCCAUCCCACUGUCUACAGGGACAUAGUGGAUAACCUGUCUCUAACCUGUGGUGUCCCCAUCCCACUGUCUACAGGGACAUAGUGGAUAACCUGUCUCUAACCUGUGGUGUCCCCAUCCCACUGUCUACAGGGACAUAGUGGAUAACCUGUCUCUAACCUGUGGUGUCCCCAUCCCACUGUCUACAGGGACAUAGUGGAUAACCUGUCUCUAACCUGUGGUGUCCCCAUCCCACUGUCUACAGGGACAUAGUGGAUAACCUGUCUCUAACCUGUGGUGUCCCCAUCCCACUGUCUACAGGGACAUAGUGGAUAACCUGUCUCUAACCUGUGGUGUCCCCAUCCCACUGUCUACAGGGACAUAGUGGAUAACCUGUCUCUAACCUGUGGUGUCCCCAUCCCACUGUCUACAGGGACAUAGUGGAUAACCUGUCUCUAACCUGUGGUGUCCCCAUCCCACUGUCUACAGGGACAUAGUGGAUAACCUGUCUCUAACCUGUGGUGUCCCCAUCCCACUGUCUACAGGGACAUAGUGGAUAACCUGUCUCUAACCUGUGGUGUCCCCAUCCCACUGUCUACAGGGACAUAGUGGAUAACCUGUCUCUAACCUGUGGUGUCCCCAUCCCACUGUCUACAGGGACAUAGUGGAUAACCUGUCUCUAACCUGUGGUGUCCCCAUCCCACUGUCUACAGGGACAUAGUGGAUAACCUGUCUCUAACCUGUGGUGUCCCCAUCCCACUGUCUACAGGGACAUAGUGGAUAACCUGUCUCUAACCUGUGGUGUCCCCAUCCCACUGUCCUACAGGGACAUAGUGGAUAACCUGUCUCUAACCUGUGGUGUCCCCAUCCCACUGUCUACAGGGACAUAGUGGAUAACCUGUCUCUAACCUGUGGUGUCCCCAUCCCACUGUCUACAGGGACAUAGUGGAUAACCUGUCUCUAACCUGUGGUGUCCCCAUCCCACUGUCUACAGGGACAUAGUGGAUAACCUGUCUCUAACCUGUGGUGUCCCCAUCCCACUGUCUACAGGGACAUAGUGGAUAACCUGUCUCUAACCUGUGGUGUCCCCAUCCCACUGUCUACAGGGACAUAGUGGAUAACCUGUCUCUAACCUGUGGUGUCCCCAUCCCACUGUCUACAGGGACAUAGUGGAUAACCUGUCUCUAACCUGUGGUGUCCCCAUCCCACUGUCUACAGGGACAUAGUGGAUAACCUGUCUCUAACCUGUGGUGUCCCCAUCCCACUGUCUACAGGGACAUAGUGGAUAACCUGUCUCUAACCUGUGGUGUCCCCAUCCCACUGUCUACAGGGACAUAGUGGAUAACCUGUCUCUAACCUGUGGUGUCCCCAUCCCACUGUCUACAGGGACAUAGUGGAUAACCUGUCUCUAACCUGUGGUGUCCCCAUCCCACUGUCUACAGGGACAUAGUGGAUAACCUGUCUCUAACCUGUGGUGUCCCCAUCCCACUGUCUACAGGGACAUAAUGGAUAACCUGUCUCUAACCUGUGGUGUCCCCAUCCCACUGUCUACAGGGACAUAGUGGAUAACCUGUCUCUAACCUGUGGUGUCCCCAUCCCACUGUCUACAGGGACAUAGUGGAUAACCUGUCUCUAACCUGUGGUGUCCCCAUCCCACUGUCUACAGGGACAUAAUGGAUAACCUGUCUCUAACCUGUGGUGUCCCCAUCCCACUGUCUACAGGGACAUAGUGGAUAACCUGUCUCUAACCUGUGGUGUCCCCAUCCCACUGUCUACAGGGACAUAGUGGAUAACCUGUCUCUAACCUGUGGUGUCCCCAUCCCACUGUCUACAGGGACAUAGUGGAUAACCUGUCUCUAACCUGUGGUGUCCCCAUCCCACUGUCUACAGGGACAUAGUGGAUAACCUGUCUCUAACCUGUGGUGUCCCCAUCCCACUGUCUACAGGGACAUAGUGGAUAACCUGUCUCUAACCUGUGGUGUCCCCAUCCCACUGUCUACAGGGACAUAGUGGAUAACCUGUCUCUAACCUGUGGUGUCCCCAUCCCACUGUCUACAGGGACAUAGUGGAUAACCUGUCUCUAACCUGUGGUGUCCCCAUCCCACUGUCUACAGGGACAUAGUGGAUAACCUGUCUCUAACCUGUGGUGUCCCCAUCCCACUGUCUACAGGGACAUAGUGGAUAACCUGUCUCUAACCUGUGGUGUCCCCAUCCCACUGUCUACAGGGACAUAGUGGAUAACCUGUCUCUAACCUGUGGUGUCCCCAUCCCACUGUCUACAGGGACAUAGUGGAUAACCUGUCUCUAACCUGUGGUGUCCCCAUCCCACUGUCUACAGGGACAUAGUGGAUAACCUGUCUCUAACCUGUGGUGUCCCCAUCCCACUGUCUACAGGGACAUAGUGGAUAACCUGUCUCUAACCUGUGGUGUCCCCAUCCCACUGUCUACAGGGACAUAGUGGAUAACCUGUCUCUAACCUGUGGUGUCCCCAUCCCACUGUCUACAGGGACAUAGUGGAUAACCUGUCUCUAACCUGUGGUGUCCCAUCCCACUGUCCCAGGGACAUAGUGGAUAACCUGUCUCUAACCUGUGGUGUCCCAUCCCACUGUCUACAGGGACAUAGUGGAUAACCUGUCUCUAACCUGUGGUGUCCCCAUCCCACUGUCUACAGGGACAUAGUGGAUAACCUGUCUCUAACCUGUGGUGUCCCCAUCCCACUGUCUACAGGGACAUAGUGGAUAACCUGUCUCUAACCUGUGGUGUCCCAUCCCACUGUCUACAGGGACAUAGUGGAUAACCUGUCUCUAACCUGUGGUGUCCCAUCCCACUGUCUACAGGGACAUAGUGGAUAACCUGUCUCUAACCUGUGGUGUCCCCAUCCCACUGUCUACAGGGACAUAGUGGAUAACCUGUCUCUAACCUGUGGUGUCCCCAUCCCACUGUCUACAGGGACAUAAUGGAUAACCUGUCUCUAACCUGUGGUGUCCCCAUCCCACUGUCUACAGGGACAUAGUGGAUAACCUGUCUCUAACCUGUGGUGUCCCCAUCCCACUGUCUACAGGGACAUAGUGGAUAACCUGUCUCUAACCUGUGGUGUCCCCCAUCCCACUGUCUACAGGGACAUAGUGGAUAACCGUCUCUAACCUGUGGUGUCCCCAUCCCACUGUCUACAGGGACAUAGUGGAUAACCUGUCCUCUAACCUGUGGUGUCCCCAUCCCACUGUCUACAGGGACAUAGUGGAUAACCUGUCUCUAACCUGUGGUGUCCCCAUCCCACUGUCUACAGGGACAUAGUGGAUAACCAUGCGAAGGAGAAUGCUCUGAACAUCGUGACUGAAGAGAGAACCUACCACAUCUAUGCAGAGACUCCUGAAGAUGCCAGGUAGAUUCAGACUAUAGCCCUGUUCUGUCCAGACUCUAGCCCUCUUCUGUCCAGGGUCUAGCCCUCUUCUGUCCAAACUCUAGCCCUCUUCUGUCCAGACUCUAGCCCUCUUCUGUCCAGACUCUAGCCCUCUUCUGUCCAGACUCUAGCCCUCUUCUGUCCAGACUCUAGCCCUCUUCUGUCCAGACUCUAGCCCUGUUCUGUCCAGACUCUAGCCCUCUUCUGUCCAGACUCUAGCCCUCUUCUGUCCAGACUCUAGCCCUCUUCUGUCCAGGGUCUAUCCCUCUUCUGUCCAGGGUCUAAUCUACAACACCAUGGAACUAUAGAAUCAGACAGCAGUCUGUUAGACACAUGCCAUUUACACAGAGUAGAUACAGGGUCUGUUAGUAGCUGGUGGAUGGGUCUGUUAGUAGCUGGUGGAUGGGUCUGUUAGUAGCUGGUGGAUGGGUCUGUUAGUAGCUGGUGGAUGGGUCUGUUAGUAGCUGGUGGAUGGGUCUGUUAGUAGCUGGUGGAUGGGUCUGUUAGUAGCUGGUGGAUGGGUCUGUUAGUAGCUGGUGGAUGGGUCUGUUAGUAGCUGGUGGAUGGGUCUGUUAGUAGCUGGUGGAUGGGUCUGUUAGUAGCUGGUGGAUGGGUCUGUUAGUAGCUGGUGGAUGGGUCUGUUAGUAGCUGGUGGAUGGGUCUGUUAGUAGCUGGUGGAUGGGUCUGUUAGUAGCUGGUGGAUGGGUCUGUUAGUAGCUGGUAGAUGGGUCUGUUAGUAGCUGGUGGAUGGGUCUGUUAGUAGCUGGUGGAUGGGUCUGUUAGUAGCUGGUAAAUGGUCCACCAGUGUUGUGUAGAUGUUGUAUUACCCCCUAGUGGUCCACCAGUGCAUUGCUCUGAGCAAUCCUGACUAUUCUCUCUCACUCUCUCUCCCUCCAGUGGCUGGUUCAACAUGCUGAGUCGUGUCCACAGUGCCAGUCCAGAACAGCUAAUGGAGAUGAACCAUGAGCAGGCCAACCCCAAGAAUGCUGUGGUCAGUACCUACCUCCUCCAUCACAUCUAUCAAUCAGUUGAUCUCUAUCUCUAGGAGUUACAGCCUGGCAGUGUCGACUGACGAUGUUCUGAACUUCAAAUACCAACACAGGGAACCGUGGAUGUUGGACUGAUCGACUCGGUGUGCGCCUCAGACAACCCAGACAGACCCAACUCGUUUGUCAUCAUCACUGCUAACCGUGUUAUCCACUGCAACACUGAGAUGCCUGAAGAGAUGCACCACUGGAUCGGCCUGCUGCAGAAACCUAAAGGAGACGGCAGUAUAGACGGGCCAGGACUUUGUCCUCAGAGGUUAGUGACCUACAUACCUGUACGUACAGUACCUGUAUCCACACUUACCUCUUACCCAUCUGUGCAUUUUACAUUUUAGUCAUUUAGCUGACAUCGAACCCACAACGCUCUAUCAACCCAUACAACGCUCUAUCAACCCAUACAACGCUCUAUCAACCCAUACAACGCUCUAUCAACCCAUACAACGCUCUAUCAACCCAUACGUACCCAUUGGUUUGACAGGUAUCAGACGUACAGCAGUGAAGUCAUACAUUUACUUUUCCAUACUGGUCCCCUGUGGGAUUCGAACCCACAACCCUGGCGUUGCAAGCACCAUGCUCUACCAACUGAGCCACACGGGACCCUAUACUUACCCAUACAUACCUGUACCCAUACUUACCCAUACAUACCUGUCCCCAUACUUACCCAUACAUACCUGUACCCAUACUUAUCAAAUACGUACCUGUACCCAGACGGGGGUGAAUACUUAUGAUACCCAGUGUACCUGUAUGGUGUCUGUAAGGUAAUAUUACACUGGGCAGCACUACACCAUAACCUGGUGACACUACAGCAUAACGUGGUGACACUACACCAUAACCUGGUGACACUACAGCAUAACGUGGUGACACUACACCAUAACCUGGUGGCACUACAGCACAACCUGGUGACACUACACCAUAACCUGGUGACACUACAGAAUAACGUGGUGACACUACACCAUAACCUGGUGACACUACACCAUAACCUGGUGGCACUACAGCAUAACCUGGUGACACUACAGAAUAACCUGGUGACACUACAGCAUAACCUGGUGACACUACAGCAUAACCUGGUGACACUACACCAUAACCUGGUGGCACUACAGCAUAACCUGGUGACACUACAGCAUAACCUGGUGACACUACACCAUAACCUGGUGACACUACACCAUAACCUGGUGGCACUACAGCAUAACCUGGUGACACUACAGAAUAACCUGGUGACACUACAGCAUAACCUGGUGACACUACAGCAUAACGUGGUGACACUAGAGAAUAACGUGGUGACACUAGAGAAUAACGUGGUGACACUAGAGAAUAACCUGGUGACACUACACCAUAACGUGGUGACACUACAGCAUAACGUGGUGACACUACAGCAUAACGUGGUGAUACUACAGAAUAACGUGGUGAUACUACAGCAUAACGUGGGUGACACUACAGAACUAACCUGGAGGACACUACAGAAUAACCUGGUGACACUACAGCAUAACGUGGUGACACUACAGAAUAACUGGAGACACUACAGCAUAACGUGGUGAUACUACAGCAUAACGUGGUGACACUACAGAAUAACCUGGAGACACUACAGAAUAACCUGGUGACACUACAGCAUAACGUGGUGACACUACAGAAUAACCUGGAGACACUACAGAAUAACCUGGUGACACUACAGCAUAACGUGGUGACACUACAGCAUAACGUGGUGACACUACAGCAUAACGUGGUGAUACUACAGCAUAACGUGGUGACACUACAGCAUAACGUGGUGAUACUACACCAUAACCUGGUGACACUACAGAAUAACCUGGUGACACUACCAGCAUAACCUGGUGACACUACAGCAUAACCUGGUGACACUACAGCAUAACGUGGUGGACACUAGAGAUAACGUGGUGACACUACACCAUAACCUGGUGACACUACACCAUAACCUGGUGACACUAGAGAAUAACGUGGUGACACUACAGCAUAACGUGGUGACACUACAGCAUAACCUGAUGACACUACAGCAUAACGUGGUGACACUACAGCAUAACGUGGUGACACUAGAGAAUAACGUGGUGACACUACACCAUAACCUGGUGACACUACACCAUAACCUGGUGACACUACAGAAUAACGUGGUGACACUACAGCAUAACCUGGUGACACUACAGCAUAACCUGAUGACACUACAGCAUAACGUGGUGACACUACAGCAUAACGUGGUGACACUACAGCAUAACCUGGUGACACUACAGCAUAACGUGGUGACACUACAGCAUAACGUGGUGACACUACAGCAUAACCUGGUGACACUAGAGAAUAACGUGGUGACACUACACCAUAACCUGGUGACAUUACACCAUAACCUGGUGACACUACAGAAUAACGUGGUGACACUACAGCAUAACCUGGUGACACUACAGCAUAACCUGAUGACACUACAGCAUAACCUGGUGACACUACACCAUAACCUGGUGACACUACAGCAUAAUGUGGUGACACUACAGCAUAACCUGGUGACACUACAGCAUAAUGUGGUGACACUACAGCAUAACGUGGUGACACUACAGCAUAACGUGGUGACACUACAGCAUAACCUGGUGACACUACAGCAUAACGUGGUGACACUAGAGAAUAACGUGGUGACACUACAGCAUAACCUGGUGACACUACAGCAUAAUGUGGUGACACUACAGCAUAACCUGGUGACACUACAGCAUAACCUGGUGACACUACAGCAUAACGUGGUGACACUACAGCAUAACCUGGUGACACUACAGCAUAACGUGGUGACACUACAGCAUAACCUGGUGACACUACAGAAUAACGUGGUGACACUACAGAAUAAUGUGGUGACACUACAGCAUAACCUGGUGACACUACACCAUAACCUGGUGACACUACAGAAUAACGUGGUGACACUACAGAAUAACCUGGUGACACUACAGAAUAACGUGGUGACACCUACAGAUUAACCCUGGUGACCACUACAGAAUAACGUGGUUGACACUACAGAAUAACCUGGUGACACUACAUAAUCAACCUGGUGACACUACAGAAUAACCUGGUGACACUACAGAAUAACGUGGUGCCACUACAGGAAUAACCUGGUGACACUACAGAAUAACUGGUGACCUACAGCAUACGUGGUGACACUACAGCCAUAAACGUGGUGACACUACCAGCAUAACCGUGGUGGACACACAGAAUAACCGUUGGUGACACUCACGAAUAACGUGGGGUGACCUACACAGCAUAAACGUGGUCACUACACACCAUAACCUGGAUGACACUACAUAAUACGGGUGGACACUACAGCUAAACUUGUGCCCUACAGCAUAAACGUGGUGGACACUACAGCAUAACGUGGUGGACACUACAGAAUAACCUGGUGACCACUACAGCAUAACUGUGACACUACACAGUCAUAACGUGGGUGACACUACAGAAUAAUGUGGUGACACUACCGAAUUACCCAGGGUGACACACAGAUAUACUGGUGACAUACAGCAUAACUGGUGACACUACAGCUACUUUGACCUAAGAUAACGUGGUGAUACACAGAAAUGUGGCAUACAGAAAACCGGUGACACUACAGCAUAACGGUGACAUACAGCAUAGGUGAACUACAUUGUGGGGACACUACAAAAAUGGUGACACUACAGCAAACGUGGGGAACAGCAUAAGUGGUGAUACUACAAAUAACGUGUGACACUACAGCGAACGUGGUGUCUACAGCAACGUGUGAUCUAAGAUAACGGGUGCACAAUGAACCUGUGACACUACGCAGAAGUGGUGCACUACAGAAUAACGUGGUGACCUACAGAAUUAACUGUUGACACUACAGCAUAAGUGUGACACUACAGCAUAACGUGGUGAUUCACUACAGAAUAUGUGGUGACAUACAGAAUAACCUGUGACACCUACAUCAUAACGUCGUGACUACAUACGUGUUGGACACUACAGAUAGGGUGAACUACAGAUAACCUGGUGACACAAGCAAACGUGGUGACACUAGCAGUAUGGUGAAUACAGCAUAAGGGUGAUACUACAGAAUAAUGUGGUGACACUACAGAAUAACCUGGUGACACUACAGCAUAACGUGGUGACACUACAGCAUAACGUGGUGAUACUACAGAAUAACGUGGUGACACUACAGCAUAACGUGGUGAUACUACAGCAUAACGUGGUGAUACUACAGCAUAACGUGGUGACACUACACCAUAACCUGGUGACACUACAGAAUAACGUGGUGACACUACAGCAUAACGUGGUGAUACUACAGCAUAACGUGGUGACACUACAGCAUAACCUGGUGACACUACAGCAUAACGUGGUGACACUACAGAAUAACGUGGUGACACUACAGCAUAACCUGGUGACACUACACCAUAACCUGGUGACACUACAGCGUGGUUAGAAUACAUUAUCUGAUACAUCAUUAUUUAUACAGUCAGUUUGUGGUCAUAUUUAUAUAUUCAUAAAUUUAUAUACAGUACACUGAACAAAAAUAUAAACGCAACAUGUAAAGUGUUGGUCCCAUGUUUCAUGAGCUUAAAUAAAAGAUCCCAGAAAUGUUCCAUACACACAAAAAGCUUAUUUCUCUAAAGUUAUGUGCACAAAUUUGUUUACAUCCCUGUUAGUGAGCAUUUCUCCUUUGCCAAGAUAAUCCAUCCACCUGACAAGUGUGGCAUAUCAAGAAGCUGAUUAAACAGCAUGAUCAAUACACAGGUGCACCUUGUGCUGGGGACAAUAAAAGGCCACUCUAAAAUGUGCAGUUUUGUCACACAACACAAUGCCACAGAUGUCUCACGUUUUGAGGGAGCGUGCAAUUGGCAUGUUGACUGCAGGAAUGUCCACCAGAGCUGUUGCCAGAGAAUUUAAUGUUAAUUUCUCUACCAUAAGCUGCCUCCAACAUUGUUUUAGAGAAUUUGGCAGUACAUCCAACCGGCCUCACAACCGCUACCCAUGUGUAUGGCAUCGUGUGGGCGAGCGGUUUGCUGAUGUCAGCGUUGUGAACAGAGUGCCCCAUGGUGGCGGUGGGGUUAUGGUAUGGGCAGGCAUAAAUUACAGACAACGAACACAAUUGCAUUUUAUCUAUUGAGGCCCAUUGUCGUGCCAUUCAUCCGCCGCCAUCACCUCAUGUUUCAGCAUGAUAAUGAACGGCCCCAUGUCAUAAGGAUCUGUACACAAUUCCUGGAAGCUGAAAAUGUCCCAGUUCUUCCAUGGCCUGCAUACUCACCAGACAUGUCACCCAUUGAGCAUGUUUGGGAUGCUCUGGAUUGACGUUUACGACAGCGUGUUCCAGUUCCCGCCAAUAUCCAGCAACCUCGCACAGCCAUUGAAGAGGAGUGGGACAACAUUCCACAGGCCACAAUCAACAGCCUGAUCAACUCAAUGUGAAGGAGAUGUGUCCCGCUGCAUGAGGCAAAUGGUGGUCGCACCAGAUACUGACUGGUUUUCUGAUCCACGCCCCUACCUUUUUUUUAAGGUAUCUGUGACCAACAGAUGCAUAUUUGUAUUCCCAGUCAUGUGAAAUCCAUAGAUUAGGGCCUAAUGCAUAUUAUUUCCAUUGACUGAUUUCCUUCUAUGAACUGUAACUCAGUAAAAUAUUUGAAAUUGUUGCAUGUUGCAUUUCUAUUCAUAAUUUCAUAUUUAUAUAUUUAUAUAUUUUGGAACUGUCAUGAACAUUUAACAGCUGAUAUUUACCUGUCCUUCUCUCUCUCCUCCCAGGUUGGCUUCACAAGGCGAUCAGGGCUAACAGCACUAAUCUGAAGCUGAAGAAGAGAUGGUUUGUUUUAACAUCCAACUCUCUGGACUACUACAAGUCUUCAGAGCGCAGUGUGUCCAAGCUGGGGACCCUGGUCCUCAACAGUCUCUGCUCUGUGGUCCAGCCCGACGAGAAGGUCUUCAAGGACACAGGUAUGUACAGACAGAGACUGUAGCAUUAUUGUGUCAUAAGGCUCUGGUCAAAAGAAGUGCGCUAUAUAAAGGGAAUAGGGUGCCAUUUGGGAUGCAGACAGGGAGAGUAGUGGCCUGUGCUGCGCGUUGCAUUUCUAGCCUGGUCCCAGAUCUGUUUGUGCCGUCUUGACAAUUCUUAUUAGUGACAAAGACCAUAGCAGACAACAAAAAACACAUCUGGGACCAGGCUAAUGCAUUUCAUCAAGUCAUUGUAAAAAUCCAUAUGUGUCUGUCUACCAUACAAUACUCUGUCGUAAUCACACUUGAGUUUGAUUUGCUAUGUCAGUACUAUGUCAGUGCUCCUUGAAUCACUCAGACUAUUCUAUACCCCCCCCCCCCCCCCCCCCCCAUAACCCCCCCCCCCCCCCCCCCCACACCCCCCCCCCCCCCCCCCCCCCCCCCCACCCCCCCCUUCAACCCCCCUUCAUCUAACCGGUAACACAACCGCCCACCACCCCUAACCCAUAACCCCACCUACGCCACCCCCACCUCUACACCCAACCAGCCCCAACCCCAGCACACUAACCCAGAUACCCCGCACGCCAGUAACGGAACAUCAUUACGACAACUGAAGAGCGUAAACACGCGUAAACCAACAAGACUCUACACCAAACUACUAACGAGCGAUCCUGGGCUCAGCCUAUACAGGGGUAUCGACAGCAAGGGCCCAUAGAAGACACCCCACUACAGCAACUCAUCGACAUCAAUACAGCACCAUCCCCAGCCUGUGACAUGCAACUGCCAGCACAGCACCACUCAUGAACUAUAGGCCAGCGUUUCCCGUAAACGUUGUACUGCCCUCCCUUGCCCAUCAUUCCACUUAACGUUUUGGGAGACACACACCACCAGACCCGUCAGUUACAUAUACCUGGGCCAAGCACCCAUACCUUAUAUGAUGGAUACUAACCUUGCCCACACAGCACAGUCUGUUAAGAGCACGGACUCAACUGGGCCAAGGACUAACACACCUGUAGUGACGAGGUACUAACUGGGCGCCGCACAGUUCACUGUAAAUGAAGUGAGUACUAAUCUGGGCCGCACGCACACCUAGUGAAUUAGGACUAACUGGCCCACACUCACACUGUAGUGACGUGAUGCACUAACCUAGCCCAGCCCCAGUCACACUGUAGUGAAGUGGCACGGUACGUAAUCAAUGGGCCCAGCACAGUCACACUGUUAGUGAAGUGAGGUACUAAUCUGGGCCCACAGCACACACUGUAGUGAAGUGGGUACUAACUGGGCCCAGCACAGUCCCCACUGUAGGAAGUGAGGAGGUACUAAUCUGGCCCCCACAGUCACACUGUAUGAAGUGAGGGUACUAAUCUGGGCCCGCACAGUCACACUGUAGUGAUGAGGUACUAACCUAGGCCCAGCACAGUCACACUGUUGAGUAAAUGAGGUACUAAACCUAGGCCCAGCACAGUCACACUGUUGAGUGACUGAGGUACUAAUCUGGGCCCAGCACAGUCACAUGUAGUGACGUGAGGUACUAAUCUGGGCCCAGCACAGUCCCCACUGUAGUGAAGUGAGGUACUAAUCUGGGCCCAGCACAGUCACACUGUAGUGAAGUGAGGUACUAACCUAGGCCCAGCACAGUCACACUGUAGUGAAGUGAGGUACUAAUCUGGGCCCAGCACAGUCACACUGUAGUGAAGUGAGGUACUAAUCUGGGCCCAGCACAGUCACACUGUAGUGACGUGAGGUACUAACCUAGGCCCAGCACAGUCACACUGUAGUGAAGUGAGGUACUAAUCUGGGCCCAGCACAGUCACACUGUAGUGACGUGAGGUACUAACCUAGGCCCAGCACAGUCACCCUGUAGUGAGUGAGGUACUAAUUGGGCCCAGCACAGUCACCCCUGUAGUGAAGUGACGGACAUCUGGGGCCCCGCACAGUCACACUGUAUGACGUGCAGUACUAAUCUGGGCCAGCACAGUCACACUGUAGUGAAGUGAGGUACUAACUCUGGGCCCAGCACAGUACACUGUAGUGACGUGAGGUACUAACCUGGGGCCCAGCACAGUCACACUGUAGUGAAGUGAUGGUACUAAACUAGGCCCAGCACAGUCACACUGUAGUGAAAGUGAGGUACUAACCUAGGCCCAGCACAGUCACACUGUAUUGAGUGAGGUACUAAUUGGGCCCAGCACAGUCACACUGUAGUGAAGUGAGGUACUAACCAGGGCCCAGCACAGUCACACUGUAGUGAAGUGGGUACUAUCUGGGCCCAGCACAUUCCACACUGUAUGAAUUGAGGUACUAAUCUGGGCCCAGCACAGUCACACUGUAGUGAAGUGAGGUACUAAUCUGGGCCCAGCACAGUCACACUGUAGUUGAAGUUGAGGUACUAAUCUGGGCCCAGCACAGUCACACUGUAGUGAGUGGAGGUACUAAUCUGGGGCCCAGCACAGUCACACUGUAGUGAAGUGAGGUACUAACUCUGGCCCAGCACAGUCACACUGUAGUGAAGUGAGGUACUACUCUGGGCCCAGCACAGUCACACUGUAGUGAAGUGAGGUACUAAUCUGGGCCCAGCACGUCACACUGUAGUGACGUGAGGUACAAUCUGGGCCCAGCACAGUCACACUGUAGUGAAGUGAGUGGUACUAAUCGGGCCCCAGCACAGUCACCUGUAGUGAAGUGAGGUACUACUCUGGGCCCAGCACAGUCACACUGUAGUGAGUGAGGUACUAACUCUGGGCCCAUCACAGUCACACUGUAGUGAAUUGAGGUACUAAUCUGGGCCCAGCACAGUCCACCUGUAGUGAAGUGAGGUACUAAUCUGGCCCAGCACAGUCACACUGUAGUGAAGUGAGGUACUAAUCUGGGCCCAGCACAGUCACACUGUAGUGAAGUGAGGUACUAAUCUGGGCCCAGCACCAGUCCCACUGUAGUGAAGUGAGGUACUAAAUCUGGGCCCAGCACAGUCCACACUGUAGUGAACGUGAGGUACUAACCUGGGCCCAGCACAGUCACACUGUAGUGACGUGAGGUACUAAUCUGGGCCCAGCACAGUCACACUGUAGUGAAGUGAGGUACUAAUCUGGGCCCAGCACAGUCACACUGUAGUGAAGUGAGGUACUAAUCUGGGCCCAGCACAGUCACACUGUAGUGAAGUGAGGACUAACUGGGACCCCCGCACGUUCCCCAUGAGGUGAAGUGAGGUAUAAUCUGGGCCCAGCACAGUCACACUGUAGUGAAGUGAGGUGCUAAUCUGGGCCAGCACAGUCACACUGUAGUGACGUGAGGUACUAACCUAGGCCCAGAAGUCACACUGUAUGUGAGUUUAGGUACUAAUCUGGGCCCAGCACAGUCACACUGUAGUGAAGUUAGGGGUACUAACCUAGGCCCACAGUCACAACUGUGUGAAAACCGUGGACUAUCUGGGCCCAGCACAGUCACACUGUAGUGAAAGGGGGUACUAAUCUGGGCCAGCAACAGUCACACUGUAUGAGUGAGGUACUAAUCUUGGCCCAGCACAGUCCACUGUAGUGACGUGAGGUACUAACUAGGCCCAGCACAGUCACACUGUAGUGAAGUGAGGUACUAAUCUGGGCCCAGCCAGUACACUGUAGUGAAGUGAGGUACUAAUUGGGCCCACACAGUCAACGUAGUGACUGAGGUACUAAUCUGGGGCCCAGCACAGUCACACUGUAGUGAAGUGAGGUACUAAUCUGGGCCCAGCACAGUCACACUGUAGUGAAGUGAGGUACUAAUCUGGGCCCAGCACAGUCACACUGUAGUGAAGUGAGGUACUAACCUGGGCAAGUAUAGCCUCGAGGUUGGAGCAUUGGGCCACAAGGUAACCCAACUCUGUCAUACAGAGUGUUGACUUGAAUAUUGUCUCAUGACAAGCCAUGAGAUGCUAGUCUGGUCCCAGAUCUGUUUAUGAUUUCUUGCCAACUCGGAGGGGGGGGGGGGCAAGUAUAGCCUCGAGGUUGGAGCGUUGGGCCACAAGGUGAAAACCUGUUGCUGUGCCCUUGAGCAAGGCACUUAACCCAAAUUGCUCCAGGGGUGCUGGACAAUGGUGACCCUGGUCGUGAUCCCGCUUCCUGUGGAUGUCUCAGGGGGAGUUGGGAUAUUCAAAAUACACAUUUUCACUACACACUUGUACAAGUGUUUAACAGGACAAAUAUACAGUGCAUUCGGAAAGUAUUCAGACCCCUUGACUUUUUCCACAUUUUGUUACGUUACAGCCUUAUUCUAAAAUGGAUGAAAUUAAAUCAAAUCCUCAUCAAUCUACACACAAUACCCCAUAAUGACAAAGCGAAAACAGCUUUUUAGAAAUGUUUGCAAAUGUAUUACAAAUAAAAAACAGAAAUACCUUAUUUACAUAAGUAUUCAGACCCUUUGCUAUGAGACUUGAAAUUGAGCUCAGGUGCAUCCUGUUUCCAUUGAUCAUCCUUGAAAUGUUUGUACGAAUGCAAUUGAUUGGACAUGAUUUGGAAAGGCACACAUAUAAGGUCCCACAGUUGACAGAGCAUGUCUGAGCAAAAACCAAGGAAUUGUCCGUAGAGCUCCGAGACAGGAUUGUGUCGAGGCACCGAUCUGGGGAAGGGUACGAAAACAUUUCUGCAGCAUUGAAGGUCCCCAAGAACACAGUGGCCUCCAUCAUUCUUAAAUGGAAGAAGUUUGGAACCACCAAGACUCGAGAGAGCGAGCCGCCCGCCCAAACUGAGCAAUUGGGGGAAAAGGGCCUUGGUCAGGGAAGUGACCAAGAACCCAAUGUUCACUCUGACAGAGCUCCAGAGUUCCUGUGUAGAGAUGGGAGAACCUUCCAGAAGGACAACCAUCUCUGCAGCACUCUCAGGACCUCAGACUGGGGCGAAGGUUCACCUUCCAACAGGACAACGACCCUAAGCACACAGCCAAGACAACGCAGGAGUGGCUUCGGAACAAGUCUCUGAAUGUCCUUGAGUGGCCCAGCCAGAGCCUGGACUUGAACCCGAUCGAACAUCUCUGGAGAGACCUGAAAAUAGCUGUGCAGCGACGCUCCCCAUCCAACCUGACAGAGCUUGAGAGGAUCUGCAGUGUAGAAUAGGGAGAAACUCCCCAAAUACAGGUGUGCCAAGCUUGUAGCGUCAUACCCAAGACUUGAGGCUGUAAUCGCUGCCAAAGGUGCUCGUGAAGAGGGCACGACAAAACCUAUUCCCCCUGAGGAGACUGAAAAGAUUUGGCAUGGGUCCUCAGAUCCUCAAAAUGUUCUACAGCUGCACCAUCGAGAGCAUCCUGACUGGUUGCAUCACUGCCUGGUAUAGCAACUGCUCGGCCUCUGACAGCAAGGCACUACAGAGGAUAGUGCGUACGGCCCAGUACAUCACUGGGGCCAAGCUUCCUGCCAUCCAGGACCUCUAUACCAGGCUGUGUCAGAGGAAGGCCCUAAAAAUUGUCAAAGACUCCAGCCACCCUAGUCAUAGACUAUUCUCUCUGCAACCGCAUGGCAAGCAGUACCGGAACGCCAAGUCUAGGUCCAAGAGGCUUCUAAACAGCUUCUACCCCUAAGACAUAAGACUCCUGAACAUCUAAUCAAAUGGCUACCCAGACUAUUUGCAUUGACAAUAGGCAAGCAGCUUGGUGAGAAGGCAAUAACUGUUGGCACAAUUAUUAGAAAAUGGAAGAAGUUCAAGAUGACAGUCAAUCUCCCUCGGUCUGGGGCUCCAUGCAAGAUCUCACCUCGUGGGGCAUCAAUGAUCAUGAGGAAGGUGAGGGAUCAGCCCAGAACUACACGGCAGGACCUGGUUAAUGACCUGAAGAGAGCUGGGACCACAGUCUCAAAGAAAACCAUUAGUAACACACUAUGCCGUCAUGGAUUAAAAUCCUACAGCCCACGCAAGGUCCCCCUGCUCAAGCCAGCGCAUGUCCAGGCCCGUCUGAAGUUUGCCAAUGACCAUCUGGAUGAUCCAGAGGAGGAAUGGGAGAAGGUCAUGUGAUCUGAUGAGACAAAAAUAGAGCUUUUUGGUCUAAACUCGCCGUGUUUGGAGGAAGAAGAAGGAUGAGUACAACCCCAAGAACACCAUCCCAACCGUGAAGCAUGGAGGUGGAAACAUCAUUCUUUGGGGAUGCUUUUCUGCAAAGGGGACAGGACGACUGCACCGUAUUGAGGGGAGGAUGGAUGGGGCCAUGUAUCGCGAGAUCUUGGCCAACAACCUCCUUCCCUCAGUAAGAGCAUUGAAGAUGGGUCGUGGCUGGGUCUCAAGGUCCUGGAGUGGCCUAGCCAGUCUCCAGACCUGAACCCAAUAGAAAAUCUUUGGAGGGAGUUGAAAGUCUGUAUUGCCCAGCGACAGCCCCGAAACCUGAAGGAUCUGGAGAAGGUCUGUAUGUGUGCAAACCUGGUCAAGACCUACAGGAAACGUAUGAUCUCUGUAAUUGCAAACAAAGGUUUCUGUACCAAAUAUUAAGUUCUGCUUUUCUGAUGUAUCAAAUACUUAUGUCAUGCAAUAAAAUGCAAAUUAAUUACUUAAAAAUCAUACAAUGUGAUUUUCUGGAUUUUUGUUUUAGAUUCUGUCUCUCACAGUUGAAGUGUACCUAUGAUAAAAAUGACAGACCUCUACAUGCUUUGUAAGUAGGAAAACCUGCAAAAUCGGCAGUGUAUGAAAUACUUGUUCUCCCCACUGUAUGCAAAGUCACUUUAAUAACUCUACCUACAUGUACAUAUUACCUCAAUUACCUUGACUAACCUGUGCCCCCGCACAUUGACUCGGUACCGGUACCCCCUGUAUAUAGCCUCGCUAUUGUUAUUUUAACUGCUAAUCUUUAAUUAUUUGUUACUGUAUUAAUAUUUUAUAUUGUAUUUUUUUUUGGUAUUCUUUCUUAAAACUGCAUUGUUGGUUAAGGGCUUGUAAGUAAGCAUUUCACUGUUGUAUUCGGCGCAUUUGACAAACAUAAUUUUAUUUUAUUUGAUUCAACAAAGUACUGAGUAAAGGGUCUGAAUAGUUAAGUAAAUAUGAUAUUUUAUAUUUUGUUUAAAAUUUUCUGCUAGAAGUUUUUUUUAAAAUGCUUUGUCAUUAUGGUGUAUUGUGUAAAAAAAACAAUUUUAAUCAAUUUUAGAAUAAGGCUGUAACGUAUGCACUGUAAGCACCCCCCAAAGUAUAAUUCAUUAUGGUCCUAACCCCCAUAGUGUUAUUAUUAUGGUCCACAGGAGUUGUCAAGACAACUGACAGCUGCGUUCAUGUUUGGAUUUCAGACUGGUUCCACCAGGCUACAAACAGAUUUUGGGACCAGGCUUACGAGAUGCUAGUGUUGACCUCUCACCCCUAGCCCCUGACCCUUGUGUAUCCCCCCCCCCCCAGGAGAGCAGUCUGAACGUGGAGGCUGUGGAGCAGAUGUAUUGGAGGAACCCUAUCCUCAGAUAUACCCAGCACCCCCUCCACUCCCCCCUUCUGCCUCUACCUUACGGGGAGGUCAACAUCCACCGUGAGUUAUGACCGGACUUCUACUACAACCUCUUUAACCCUGCAUGUAUGGAAGCAUUUAGCUGCCGAAACUCAAUUGGAAAUGCAAAUGGACAAAUUAUAAAUCAAUAUCAUGUCUGCAAUUCAUUUUUCGUGACAAAAUUCAAAUUGAAACGCAAAAAAAAAAUUUGUAUUGCUAAGAGUAUGCAUAAUGUCUGCCAAUCUGAAAAACAAAUAGCAAAGUGUGUUUGAUAUUUCACGUCCAUGGUACUAUCCAGUACAACGCUGACACAUUGAACAACUACAUGUAAAUGCUUAAACCACACAGAGUAUGGAAAAGCAUUGUCAAUUGAGAAUUCAUUUUAUUUUUGUCACAAUUCAUGCUAUCUCAACAAGGAAAUGAAAUGGCAAACAUGAGAAAUGAUUUGUCAUUUGAGACUGUCAAAAUUCAAAUGAUCAAUCAAAAAUUCGAUAAAUCAAUGCUUCAGUUUCCCCAUUGCCUUUUCAUUUUCGAUGUGUUAGACCUGUCAAUCAAACACGGAGGGCGGGGUUUGGUAACGUAAACCUGGGCUUGCUAGCUAUGUUCAAGAAAUACCGGUACUCUUCAUUUCUUAAAGUAUUUCUGGAUCAGAGAGGAAGAGGUGAAGCUGGACUAUACUGAACAAAAAUAUAAAUGCAACAUUCAUUAGGCCCUAAUCUAUGGAUUUCACAUGACUGGGAAUACAGAUAUGUAUCUGUUGGUCACAGAUAUCUUUCGAAAAAAGUUAGGGGCGUGGAUCAGAAAACCAGUCAGUAUCUGGUGUGACCACCAUUUGCCUCAUGCAGCGAGACACAUCUCCUUCACAUUGAGUUAAUCAGGCUGUUGAUUAUGGCCUGUGGAAUGUUGUCCCACUCCUCUUCAAUGGCUUUGCGAAGUUGCUGGAUAUUGGUGGGAACUGGAACACGCUGUCGUAAACGUCAAUCCAGAGCAUCCCAAACAUGCUCAAUGGGUGACAUGUCUGGUGAGUAUGCAGGCCAUGGAAGAACUGGGACAUUUUCAGCUUCCAGGAAUUGUGUACAGAUCCUUGCGACAUGGGGCUGUUCAUUAUCAUGCUGAAACAUGAGGUGAUGGUGGCGGAUGAAUGGCACUACAAUGGGCCUCAGGAUCUCGUCACGGUAUCUCUGUGCAUUGAAAUUGCUAUCAAUAAAAUGCAAUUUUGUUCGUUGUUCAUAGCUUAUGCCUGCCCAUACCAUAACCCCACCACCACCAUGGGGCACUAUGUUCACAACGCUGACAUCAGCAAACCGCUCGCCCACACGACGCCAUACACCUGGUCUGAGGUUGUGAGGCCGGUUGGACAUCCUGCCAAAUUCUCUAAAACAACGUUGGAGGCGGCUUAUGGUAGAGAAAUUAACAUUAAAUUCUCUGGCAACAGCUCUGGUGGACAUUCCUGCAGUCAGCAUGCCAAUUGCACGCUCCCUCAAAACUUGAGACUUCUGUGGCAUUGUGUUGUGUGACAAAGCACAUUUUAGAGUGGCCUUUUAUUGUCCCUUGCACAAGGUGCACUUGUGUAAUGAUCAUGCUGUUUAAUCAGUUUCUUGAUAUGCCACACCUGUCAGGUGGAUGGAUUAUCUUGGCAAAGGAGAUAUGCUCACUAACAGGGAUGUAAACACAUUUGUGCACAACAUUGUAGAGUAAAAAGCUUUUAUUCUGGGAUCUUUUAUUUCAGCUCAUGAAACAUGGGAUCACCACUUUACAUAUUGCGUUGAUAUUUUUGUUCAGUAUAUAUACUGAAUACCUCAGAUAGAUAAUCUGUUGUAUGCUAUGCUGGCUAGGACAGCCGGUGAGCAAGGAAUUUGCGGGGGGAGAAAUAUCGUCAUUGGUGUUGCUGCAAGCUACUAGCAAUGAUGGCUAGUAUAUGUAGCUAGCUAGCUAGGUUAAUAAUAAUAAUAAUAAUAUGCCAUUUAGCAGACGCUUUUAUCCAAAGCGACUUACAGUCAUGCGUGCAUACAUUUUAUUUAUUUUUAAUUUUUUUGUGUAUGGGUGGUCCCGGGGAUCGAACCCACUACCUUGGCGUUACAAGCGCCGUGCUCUACCAGCUGAGCUACAGAGGACCACAGGUUCGAUACGUUAGUAUGCUAAGGAUAUGGUGAGAGGCAAGUCAACACAUUUUAAGUCAUGAGUAGAUGGACAUAACCUACUAAAAUCAUUCUGGUCUAACAAAUAAAAUAUAUAGCUUUAUUUUUUAACACAGUGACUGUGUGUGUGUGAGAGAGCGAGAUGAAGAAUGAACCUUUGGCCGUUAGUCUUUGAGUUGGUCCUUGGUGGUACAGUAUUUAGUUGUCAUGGCACCGUCAGGGUAUCCCCCACAAUAGAAGCACACCUGCGUACUUCAGUACUGUGAAACCAUAUUGUCUUGAGCAGUAAAGUUUUUCCUCGACUCAAUAAUGAAUCAAUAAUCAAUCAAUGAUAAAGCUGCGAGCCAAAGUAAGUAAGAGGGUAACUUUGCACGAGCCAUGCAUGAGCCACAAUGGCUCAUAGGAGCAGGAGCCACCAUGGCUCAUAGGAGCAGGAGCCACCAUGGCUCAUAGGAGCAGGAGCCACCAUGGCUCAUAGGAGCAGGAGCCACCAUGGCUCAUAGGAGCAGGAGCCACAAUGGAUCAUAGUGUUUCUGUAGUGUGAGGUAGCUUGAUGUACACGUAAACCCCCUGGACAGGGCGCUAGUCUAUCGCAGGGCCUUAACCCCAAUCUAUCUCUAUCUCAAACUCGCUUGAGUGCCAAGCAGAGACACAUCGGGUCCCAUUUUUACAGACUUUGGUAUGACUCGGCCAGGGAUCGAACUGUCCAACCUUCAAAUCUCAGGGAGGACACUAACCACAAGGGCACUGAGUUGGUUAUGCAAGCCAUAGGUAUAACUAUAUCGCAUAUUAAGUCUUUAGGCAAGAAAGAGGAACACUGAACUAGACUAACCAAUUGUACAAAUCCAUUGCUCUUUAAUCCAAGAAGGGGAGUAGGCAAGUGCAGACCAUUGGCAGAGGGGUGGAUCAGGGCAUCAAGUAAUAUUUCAGCCAUGUUGGUGCCCCUCCAGCCCUGGCUUCCUCUGGGAGAGCAUCCUUACCUGUCUGACGGUGGGCAGCUUGGUCAGCAGCAUCUGGAAGACAGGAGGGGGCAGCUUGGGCAGCAGCAUCUGGAAGACAGGAGGGGGCAGCUUGGGCAGCAGCAUCUGGAAGACAGGAGGGGGCAGCAGCAUCUGGAAGACAGGAGGGGGCAGCUUGGUCAGCAGCAUCUGGAAGACAGGAGGGGACAGCUUGGUCAGUAGCAUCUGGAGGACAGGAGGGGGCAGCUUGGUCAGCAGCAUCUGGAAGACAGGAGGGGGCAGCAGCAUCUGGAAGACAGGAGGGGGCAGCUUGGUCAGCAGCAUCUGGAAGACAGGAGGGGGCAGCAGCAUCUGGAAGACAGGAGGGGGCAGCUUGGUCAGCAGCAUCUGGAAGACAGGAGGGGACAGCUUGGUCAGCAGCAUCUGGAAGACAGGAGGGGGCAGCUUGGUCAGCAGCAUCUGGAAGACAGGAGGGGGCAGCAGCAUCUGGAAGACAGGAGGGGGCAGCUUGGUCAGCAGCAUCUGGAAGACAGGAGGGGACAGCUUGGUCAGCAGCAUCUGGAAGACAGGAGGGGGCAGCUUGGUCAGCAGCAUCUGGAAGACAGGAGGGGGCAGCUUGGUCAGCAGCAUCUGGAAGACAGGAGGGGGCAGCUUGGUCAGCAGCAUCUGGAAGACAGGAGGGGGCAGCUUGGUCAGUAGCAUCUGGAAGACAGGAGGGGGCAGCUUGGGCAGCAGCAUCUGGAAGCCAGGAGGGGGCAGCUUGGUCAGUAGCAUCUGGAAGACAGGAGGGGGCAGCAGCAUCUGGAAGCCAGGAGGGGGCAGCUUGGUCAGCAGCAUCUGGAAGCCAGGAGGGGGCAGCAGCAUCUGGAAGCCAGGAGGGGGCAGCUUGGUCAGCAGCAUCUGGAAGCCAGGAGGGGGCAGCAGCAUCUGGAAGCCAGGAGGGGUCAGCAGCAUCUGGAAGACAGGAGGGGGCAGCAGCAUCUGGAAGCCAGGAGGGGGCAGCAGCAUCUGGAAGACAGGAGGGGUCAGCAGCAUCUGGAAGCCAGGAGGGGGCAGCAGCAUCUGGAAGACAGGAGGGGGCAGCAGCAUCUGGAAGCCAGGAGGGGGCAGCAGCAUCUGGAAGACAGGAGGGGGCAGCAGCAUCUGGAAGACAGGAGUGGGCAGCAGCAUCUGGAAGCCAGGAGGGGGCAGCAGCAUCUGGAAGACAGGAGUGGGCAGCAGCAUCUGGAAGACAGGAGGGGGCAGCAGCAUCUGGAAGACAGGAGGGGGCAGCAGCAUCUGGAAGCCAGGAGGGGGCAGCAGCAUCUGGAAGCCAGGAGGGGGCAGCAGCAUCUGGAAGACAGGAGUGGGCAGCAGCAUCUGGAAGCCAGGAGGGGGUAGUGUCCGCUAGAGGUGCUGCUGGGGAUGUCCACACACAGCAGUGCUGUUGGUCAGCUGAACCACUGCCUUCUCAUCGUUUCCUGAGGGUUGGAACACAUAGAUUAGUUGAAAGGCACACUGUCAGGUCUAGAGCAAAUGAACUGAUAUAGAAAAAGUUUUUCUUUCAAAUAUAAUUUUUGUAGCCUACAAAUCAGACAACAGGAACUCAUAAGAAUUAGACUAAUUCCAGUCCCUAUCAUAGAUCGUCUGCCCCCUUACAGAGUCUCUGGUACUGUCCCCUGUGGGCUAUAAUAGGACAUCUACAGUGCAUUUGGAAAGUAUUCAGACCCCUUGACUCUUUUCCCCAUUUUGUUACGUUACAGCCUAAUUCUAUUUUUAUUUUUUUAAUCCUCAUCAAUCUACACACAAUACCCCAUAAUGACAAAGCGAAAACAGGUUUUUAGAAAUGUUUGCUAAUUUAUAAAAAUAAAAAAGCUCAAAUAUACACUACUGUUCAAAAGUUUGGGGUCACUUAGAAAUGUCCUUGUUUUUCGAAAGAAAAGCAAUUUUUUUGUCCAUUAAAAUAACAUCAAAUUAUCAGAAAUACAGUGUAGACAUUGUUCAUGUUGUAAAUGGCUAUUGUAGCUGGAAACGGCAGAUUUUUUAUGGAAUAUCUACAUAGGCGUACAGAGGCCCAUUAUCAGCAACCAUCAGUCCUGUAUUCCAAUGGCACGUUGUGUUUGCUAAUCCACGUUUAUCAUUUUAAAAGGCUAAUUGAUCAUUAGAAAACCCUUUUGCAAUUAUGUUAGCACAGCUGAAAACUGUUGUGCUGAUUAAAGAAGCAAUAAAACUGGCCUUCUUGAGCCUAGUUGAGUAUCUGGAGCAUCAGCAGUUGUGGGUUCGAUUACAGGAUCAAACUGGCCAGAAACAAAUAACUUUCUUCUGAAACUCGUCAGUCUAUAUUUGUUCUGAGAAAUGAAGGCUAUUCCAUGCGAGAAAUUGCCAAGAAACUGAAGAUCUCGUACAACGCUGUGUACUACUCCUUUCACAGAACAGCGCAAACUGGCUCUAACCAGAAUAGAAAGAGGAGUUGGAGGCCCCGGUGCACAACUGAGCAAGAGGACAAAUACAUUAGAGUGUCUAGUUUGAGAAACAGGCACCUCACAGGUCCUCAACUGGCAGCUUCAUUAAAUAGUACCCGCAAAACACCAGUCUAGGCAGAGUUGCAAAGAAAAAGCCAUAUCAGACUGGCCAAUAAAAAUAAAAGAUUAAGAUUUGCAGUCUGAGAUAUGGCUUUUUCUUUGCAACUCUGGCAGACAUUAUGCAUACUCAAUGCAAUCAUUUAUUUUUGCGUUUCAAUUUGAAUUUUGUCACAAAAAAUGAAUUUUAAACAUGAUAUUGAUUUAUCAUUUGACCAUUUGCAUUUCCAAUGGAGUUUCGGCAGCUACAUGCUUCCAUAUGCAAGGACUUCUACUACAACCUCUUUGUAUUUGUAUUUGUGCUAAUUAUGGAUUCCCAAGGCAGCAGCUACUCUUCCUGGGGUUUAUUAUGGAUCCCCAUUAGUUCCUGCCAAGGCAGCAGCUACUCUUCCUGGGGUUUAUUACGGAUCCCCAUUAGUUCCUGCCAAGGCAGCAGCUACUCUUCCUGGGGUUUAUUAUGGAUCCCCAUUAGUUCCUGCCAAGGCAGCAGCUACUCUUCCUGGGGUUUAUUAUGGAUCCCCAUUAGUUCCUGCCAAGGCAGCAGCUACUCUUCCUGGGGUUUAUUAUGGAUCCCCAUUAGUUCCUGCCAAGGCAGCAGCUACUCUUCCUGGGGUUUAUUAUGGAUCCCCAUUAGUUCCUGCCAAGGCAGCAGCUACUCUUCCUGGGGUCCAGCAACAAUUAAGGCAGUAAUAUACAUUAUAAUAGAAAUGUUAAACAUUAAAAUACAUUUUACAACAGAUUUCACAAUACGUUGUGUGCCCUCAGGCCACUGCUCUACUACAACACACCAUCCAGGUGUACGUGUGUGUAUAGUGUGUAUGUUAAGUGUGUUUGUAUGUGUGUGUGUAACUCUUCAAGGAAUUAUACUACAACCUCUUUAACCCUGCAAGGAAUUAUACUACAAUCUCUUUAACCCCUCCCUCUCUCCACAGUCCAAAAGGAGAAGGGCUAUGCCAGCCUGCAGGACGAGGCAGUGAAGAUCUUCAACUCUCUGCAGGAGAUGGAGGCAGUGUCCGACCCGGUGCCGAUCAUCCAGGGCAUCCUCCAGACCUGCCAGGACCUACGCCUGCUCCGAGACGAGGUCUACUGCCAGCUCAUCAAGCAGACCAAUCACGUGACUCAGCCCAACAGCUCGGCCAAUCGCGCCCACUGGCACCUCCUCACCUGUAUGAGCUGUACCUUCCUGCCCAGCCGGGGCAUCCUGCGCUACCUCAAGUUCCACCUUAAAAGGUACUGUAUUUACCUCCAGUUUCACCUUAAAGGGUACUGUAUUUACCUCCAGUUUCACCUUAAAGGGUACUGUAUUUACCUCCAGUUCCACCUUAAAGGGUACUGUAUUUACCUCCAGUUCCACCUUAAAGGGUACUGUAUUUACCUCCAGUUUCACCUUAAAGGGUACUGUAUUUACCUCCAGUUUCACCUUAAAGGGUACUGUAUUUACCUCCAGUUCCACCUUAAAGGGUACUGUAUAUACCUCCAGUUCCACCUUAAAGGGUACUGUAUUUACCUCCAGUUCCACCUUAAAGGGUACUGUAUUUACCUCCAGUUCCACCUUAAAGGGUACUGUAUUUACCUCCAGUUCCACCUUAAAGGGUACUGUAUUUACCUCCAGUUCCACCUUAAAGGGUACUGUAUAUACCUCCAGUUCCACCUUAAAGGGUACUGUAUUUACCUCCAGUUCCACCUUAAAGGGUACUGUAUUUACCUCCAGUUCCACCUUAAAGGGUACUGUAUUUACCUCCAGUUCCCCCUUAAAGGGUACUGUAUUUACCUCCAGUUUCAAGUACAUUACUCCUUCAUGCCUUUUUUAGUACAUUAGUCAUGCUCCAUUCCUUCUUUUUAUAUUUUGUAUAAGUUUGUACAAUUAUUCCUGCAACAUAAUAUAAUAUACAGUUGUACAGUAAUUCAUAAUUCAUAAUUCACAAUUCAUAAUUCAGGAAUUUUAUUUUCAUGCUAACCCACCUUUAACCCCACCCCCUCCCAAUCUCUUCCCUAUGGCUGGGAGAACACCCCCCCCCCCCCCCCCCACCCAUCUCUUCCCUAUGGCUGGGAGAACAUCCCCCCACCCAUCUCUUCCCUAUGGCUGGGAGAACAUCCCCCCCACCAAUCUCUUCCCUAUGGCUGGGAGAACAUCCCCCCACCCAUCUCUUCCCUAUGGCUGGGAGAACAUCCCCCCACCCAUCUCUUCCCUAUGGCUGGGAGAACAUCCCCCCACCCAUCUCUUCCCUAUGGCUGGGAGAACAUCCCCCCCACACAUCUCUUCUCUAUGGCUGGGAGAACAUCCCCCCCACCCAUCUCUUCUCUAUGGCCGUGAGAACAUCCCCCCCACCCAUCUCUUCUCUAUGGCUGGGAGAACAUCCCCCCCACCCAUCUCUUCCCUAUGGCUUGUAGUGAGCAGAAUGUGUCCCCUCCCUAUAGCUUGUAGUGAGCAGAAUGUGUCCCCUCCCUAUAGCUUGUAGUGAGCAGAAUGUGUCCCCUCCCUAUAGCUUGUAGUGAGCAGAAUGUGUCCCCUCCCUAUAGCUCAUAUGGAAAAACAUUGAUAAACUGACUAGAAAAGGCCAUGUCAAGAAUGGUGACCUUCCACUGAAGGUAGAUGGAAGGCCAUGUCAAGAAUGGUGACCUUCCACUGAAGGUAGAUGGAAGGCCAUGUCAAGAAUGGUGACCUUCCACUGAAGGUAGAUGGAAGGCCAUGUCAAGAAUGGUGACCUUCCACUGAAGGUAGAUGGAAGUCUCCAAGAGAAAACUCUGUCAUCGCCACCACUUUCUAUUGGUUCAGUUUUAGAGUUGGGCCAACAAUUUACCAUCAGAGACCAGACUCUCACCCAUUGCAACGACUGUCACCAGGUUCUUAACCUAGUGAUGACAAAUGAAUGGUGCAUAAACGCAUAUCCUCUGUGAGCAACUGCAGACCAAUCAGCAUCCUCCCUGUCAUCUUGAUGUGAGCAACUGCAGACCAAUCAGUAUCCUCCUGCAGAGAAAGUGGUAAUGGAAGAGCUAACAACCCACCUGAAUAUGGGUAGCUUUCUCCUUCACCCCAUGCAGUUUGUGUUUAGGCUGAACCUCUCAACAGAGACAGUAUGUUGCUAUCUCCUAGAGGUGAACCAGGCCAAGCUGGACCAAGGGGACGUUGUAGGUGCAGUUCUCUUCAGAAAGUCCUUUGACACAGUUAACAACAACGUCCUCCUCUCCAAGCUAUCCAACUUCAACAUCUCAUCAAGCGCUUUAAAAUGGAUGAAAUGGUGACCUACCAUCACCAAGGGACCACACUGUAGGAGUGCCACAGGGGUCGAUCCUGGGCCCUUUUUUAUUAAUGACCUUCAAUCUGUCUACUAGGGCAUGGAUAUUCAAAUGUAUGUGGAUGAAACAUUUAUUUAUACACAUGGCAAAAAUGCAGAUGAAGUGGCAAGCAAAUUAACGGCAUCAUUGGAGAAAGUGGCUGAAAGGCUCAAGCACUACUGCCUCACCCUCAAUGUGGGAAAAACGGUAGCUAUGUACUAAACAAACAGGCUUACUGCUGGACAUACUCAUCCACUGACAUUUCUUUUUUAACAUUCACAGAGUUUAAAUAUCUGGGCAUUAUCCUACACCCUACUUUGAACUGUAAAAACACAUUAAAAAAGAUACAGCAUAGUCUUCUCACCAAUGUUCAAUACAUCAGGAACUCACUCUCUACAGAGGCAGCCAAGAUGGAUUUACAUGCAAUGAUCUUCUAUCAAAUCAAAUCACAUUUUAUUUGCCACAUGCGCCGAAUACAACAGGUGUAGACAUUACCGUGAAAUGCUUACUUACAAGCCCUUAACCAACAACGCAUUUAUUUUUUUAUAAAAAAGUAAAAUAAAACAACAACAAAAAAGUGUUGAGAAAAAAGAGCAGAAGUAAAAUAAAAUAACAGUAGGGAGGAUUGAGGAUCCCGUGUUGAGGAUCAGUGUGGCAGAUAUGUUGUUACCUACCCUUACCACCUGGGGGCGGCCCGUCAGGAAGUCCAGGAUCCAGUUGCAGAGGGAGGUGUUCAGUCCCAGGGUCCUUAGCUUAGUGAUGAGCUUGGAGGGCACUAUGGUGUUGAAUGCUGAGCUCUAGUCAAUGAACAGCAUUCUCACAAAGGUGUUCCUCUUGUCCAGGUGGGAAAGGGCAGUGUGGAGCGCAAUAGAGAUUGCAUCAUCUGUGGAUCUGUUGGGGCGGUAUGCAAAUUGGAGUGGGUCAAGGGUUUCUGGGAUAAUGGUGUUGAUGUGAGCCAUGACCAGCCUUUCAAAGCACUUCAUGGCUACAGACGUCAGUGCUACGGGUCGGUAGUCAUUUAGGCAGGUUAUCUUAGUGUCCUUGGGUACGGGGACUAUGGUGGUCUGCUUGAAACAUGUUGGUAUUACAGACUCAGUCAGGGACAUGUUGAAAAUGUCAGUGAAGACACUUGCCAGUUGGUCAGCACAUGCUCGGAGUACACGUCCUGGUAAUCCGUCUGGCCCUGCGGCCUUGUGAAUGUUGACCUGCUUAAAAGUCUUACUCACAUUGGCUAUGGAGAGUGUGAUCACACAGUCGUCCGGAACAGCUGGUGCUCUCAUGCAUGCUUCAGUGUUGCUUGCCUCGAAGCGAGCAUAGAAGUGAUUUAGCUCGUCUGGAAGUCUUGUGUCACUGGGCAGCUCGCGGCUGUGCUUCCCUUUGUAGUCUGUAAUAGUUUUCAAGCCCUGCCACAUCCGACGAGCGUCAGAGCCGGUGUAGUACGAUUCAAUCUUAGUCCUGUAUUGACUCUUUGCCUGUUUGAUGGUUCGUCGGAGGACAUAGCGGGAUUUCUUAUAAGCGUCCGGGUUAGAGUCCCGCUCCUUGAAAGCGGCAGCUCUACCCUUUAGCUCAGUGCGGAUGUUUCCUGUAAUCCAUGGCUUCUGGUUGGGGUAUGUACGUACGGUCACUGUGGGGACGACAUCAUCGAUGCACUUUUUGAUGAAGCCAGUGACUGAUGUGGUGUACUCCUCAAUGCUGUCUGAAGAAUCCCGGAACAUGUUCCAGUCUGUGCUAGCAAAACAGUCCUGUAGCUUAGCAUCUGCGUCAUAUGACCACUUUUUUAUUAACCGAGUCACUGGUGCUUCCUGCUUUAGUUUUUGCUUAUAAGCAGGAAUCAGGAGGAUAGAGUUAUGGUCAGAUUUGCCAAAUGGAGGGCGAGGGAGAGCUUUGUAUGCGUCUCUGUGUGUGGAGUAAAGGUGGUCUAGAGUUUUUUUCCCUCUGGUUGCACAUUUAACAUGCUGGUAGAAAUGAGGUAGAACGGAUUUAAGUUUGCCUGCAUUAAAGUCCCCGGCCACUAGGAGCGCUGCCUCUGGAUGAGCGUUUUCCUGUUUAGUUAUGGCCUUAUACAGCUCAUUGAGUGCAAUCUUAAUGCCAGCAUUGGUUUGUGGUGUUAAAUAGACAGCUAUGAACAAUAUAGAUGAAAACUCUAUUGGUAAAUAGUGUGAUCUACAGCUUAUCAUAAGAUACUCUACCUCAGGCGAGCAAAACCUCGAGACUUCCUUAGUAUUUGAUUUUGUGCACCAGCUGUUGUUUACAAAUAUACACAGACCGCCACCCCUUGUCUUACCGGAGUCAGCCGCUCUAUCCUGCCGAUGUAGAGUAUAGCCCGCUAGCUGUAUGUUGUCCAUGUCGUCGUUCAGCCACGACUCUGUGAAACAUAAGACAUUACAGUUUUGAAUGUCCCGUUGGUAGGAUAACCGUAAUCUUAGGUCAUCUAAUUUAUUUUCAAAUGAUUGAACAUUGGCUAAUAGGAUUGAUGGAAGAGGCAGUUUACUCGCUCGCCGUCGGAUCUUACAAGACCACCGACCUACGUCCACGAUUUCUCCUGCGAAUGACGGGGAUUUGGGCCUUGUCGGGUGUCUGUAGGAUAUCCUUCGCGUCCGACUCGUUGAAGAAAAAAUAUUCUUCCAAUACGAGGUGAGUAAUCGCUGUCCUGAUAUCCAGAAGCUAUUUUUGGUUAUAAGAGGCGGUAGCAGAAACAUUAUGUACAGAAUAAAUUACAAAUAACGCGAAAAAACACACAUAAUAGUACAAUUGGUUAGAGGGCUGUAAAACGGCAGCCAUCUUCUUCGGCGCCACCUUCCCUGUCCUAUUGUAUCAAGCCAAUUAAACAUAAAUUAAAUCUAUAUAAACAAGCACUUAAGAUCCUGGACAGGAAAUCACAUCAUUACCGUCACGGUAAUAUUCUUGCCAAGUACAUUCUGUUCAAUUUGGACAACUUUGUUUUUCUCAGAUGUCUGUCUAGUUUAUAAGAUUAUCAACAAUGUUGCAGCUCCACCUCUGAAAGAUUUGGUCAUAUUAAGCUCGGAACAAAACAGCAGAGUCACCCGGACCUCCACAAGAGGAGACUGUCAUUCCUAAAAGAAGGAACAGUCAGCAUUCUCCACCUCAGGCAUCAGGAAAUGGAAUUCCCUCCCCUGGACCUUAAGAAGCACCAGUGACUUUAAAUCCUGCUCCAUGGAGGUCAAAGCGUGGAUCAAGGCGCAUCAAGCCUGCUCACAUUAACUAAUUGUUAAUGCACUCAAUUCUCAGUGUGUUUUAUGUAUUAUGAUGUGUCCUGUAUUUAUUGUAUUAUUAGUUGUAUUUAAUGAUUCCUGUAUUUGCUUUAAUCUGUUAUAUCCUACUAUACUACUGUAUGAGUGAUGUGAAUGUAGCUAUGUUUAUCUAUUUAGUUAGGGACUGCAGAUGAAAAUUAGCUGUGUUUAGCUAACUCUGGUGGAAACAUAUUUCACUGUCUGAAAUUUGUUUUUAAAUUGCACAAGGUCCCUUUAAUUAAAUUACCACCACCACCACUACUAUAGCUUUGAGCCACAAGCAGAAUAUGUCCCCUCCCUAUAGCUUCUAGUAAAAAUAUACUUAUUUUCUGUGAUUGAUUUGUAUGGAUGAGAAAACUGGACAGGAUGACAUCAGUAACGUUGAUUUCCUCAUCCUCUACACACUCGGUAACCCUCUGUCUGUCUGUUGUCUCCAGGGUGAAGGAGCAGUUUCCUGGAACAGAGGUGGACAUGUUUGCCCAUUUCAUAGGUGAGUCUCUGAAGAGGACCAAGGUCAGGGAGUAUGUUCCGUCUCAGGAGGAGAUCGUAGCCCUACUGACCAGGCAGGAAAUGGCUACUACGGUCUACUGCCACGGAGGAGGAUCCUGCAAGAUCUCCAUCAACUCACACACCACCGCUGGAGAGGUGAGUGUUACGUUCCCCAGCAAGAAAACAAAAAUAGUCAGAAGAGGGAGCUAACAAUUUGAGAUUGCCAAUCAUCUUGCCCAGAAGUGGCGCGAGAACGCCAUUUCUUCAUUAUAACACCAUAUCUGACAAAGUAACCCACCACGAACGUAAUCAAAAUCCUCCUCUAGACGUAUCUCAGCAAAAAGAGGGUAGAGGGAAACGUCUUUACUCUGUUCAGCAAUCAGCUGCUUCCUAGACAUCAACUGUAGGGACCCUCUCUUCCUUCAGCGGUCCUACAACUAGCUCACCUUUUGGGGUUUUCAAAGGAGAGGUCAACUCAGGAGGUUGACCGAAAUCAGGAUCACCCAUAAACGUCUCAGACAGAUCGACCAUGGUGGGAUCGCUGACAUCCUCCUCAACACUUUCUUCUUCUUUCACAUGUAACGGCACAUGCUGCGAACACUGUAGGGUACUUUACUGAUAACCAGCAGGUUCCUCUACUCUGGGCUCCUUACAAACCACAGGAUUUGGCACAACCUUCCCCACAGCCAAAUAAUUUCCCAAAAUUAAUGAGACCCCCUUCACCGGUAGGCUAGGCCUCACUCCAACGACAACGGAACCAGCAACAAGAUCAGACUUCUACAUUAUACAAAGGAACUUCCAUGCAACCCAUCUCCACGCCUUGUACUAACACACUGUAACCAGUUGCUGAAGUGUCAAAGGCAAAACACCCUCCAACAUGAAGGACUGGGAUGCCCAAGUGUCUCGCAGUAUCUUUACCAGCUGCUUAACAGCAUCACCACUCUGCAGAGACACCAACCCAUACACAUCUACUUAACAGCAUCGCCACUCUGCAGAGACACCAACCCAUACACAUCUGCUUAACAGCAUCGCCACUCUGCAGAGACACCAACCCAUACACAUCUGCUUAACAGACACCAACCCAUACACAUCUGCUUAACAGCAUCGCCACUCUGCAGAGACACCAACCCAUACACAUCUGCUUAACAGCAUCGCCACUCUGCAGAGACACCAACCCAUACACAUCUGCUUAACAGCAUCGCCACUCUGCAGAGACACCAACCCAUACACAUCUGCUUAACAGCAUCGCCACUCUGCAGAGACACCAACCCAUACACAUCUGCUUAACAGCAUCGCCACUCUGCAGAGACACCAACGCAUACACAUCUGCUUAACAGCAUCGCCACUCUGCAGAGACACCAACCCAUACACAUCUGCUUAACAGCAUCGCCACUCUGCAGAGACACCAACCCAUACACAUCUGCUUAACAGCAUCACCACUCUGCAGAGACACCAACCCAUACACAUCUGAUCCAGAAUGCUGUUUAGGAGAUCCACCAGGCCCAACCAGAGACGUAAUGGGCUGGAGUGCUCCCACAAGAACAAACUGCUAUUUCUCUCUCAUUUUUCUGUUUCAACUGAAGACACUGAGAAACAAUGUGUAAUUUCUCACGGCAGUAAUGACAAACUGGCGGUUACGAAAAAAACAGUUUUCUGCCGAUCCUUAUCUGUAGAAAAGGACUGAAACCUCGUAGUAGGAGGUGACUUCUCUGGAUCGCUCUUUGCGUAGGGAUAACUACUGGGUGCUUUGUUUGUGAAGGUAGUUUUAUGUGUCAACACAAACUCAUCUGCCAGAACUGCAGCUUUCUCAAGAGUGAGAUCCUUGUGCUCAUAAAUGUAGGUAGCAACCCUUUCAUCAAGGCAAGUCUUUCAAUCCUCAAGAACCUCGAUCUCUUGAGAACCACACCACCGAUCUAAAAGACAUGCUUGUUCCCUUGACAACGCAACAUGGCUUUGUGAUUCUGUCUUUUGUAAUUAACAGAACUGUUGUCCGUAUGCCUCUGGGACCAACUCGUAUGCCUGAAGAAUAGCAGCUUUAACAUAAUCUGAUCUAAAGAGAUAAAGCGCCGGACACUUUGAGCAUUUCCCACAAGAACACUUUGGAGGGGCAGUGACCAAAUGUCUCACAGACAUUUUAGGGAUGUUGGAAUCCACUCAGAGUAAAAUAUACUGUACAUCCAGCUCCCAUUCGUUGAAAGGCGGUACAAGUUGGCUGUUCCGACCAAGAUCAACCUCUGUUGAGGGUGCAGGACGGCCUGACUGGAUUCGGAGUGGCUCUCUUAAUCGAAUGCAUGCUCACGUUCCUGUUCCCUUUCCUUGUACUUUGAGAUCCAUCUCUCUUAAUCUAAUGGCAUGUCCACGUUCUUCUUGUUCUUGUUUCUAGUCUGGCUGCCCGUUUCUGUUGCUCCAAUCUGGUGUGGUGCAGACCCAGUGGAGAGAAGACGCUGUCUGUCCUGCUGAGCUUUGAUGCUGCUGUUUCACUUUCCCUUUCUCUUGCUCCAUUCCCACGUUCUCUUUCCUUUUCCUUGUGCUCCAGCUCUAAUGUCUGUUGUUCCCAUGUUGCCUUUAGUUCCACCUCUCUCAGUUGCACGUCUAUGGGGUGUACAGUGCCAUGCAAAAGUAUUCAUCCCCCUUGGCGUUUUUCCUAUUUUGUUGCAUUACAACCUGUAAUUGAAAUGGAUUUUUAUUUGGAUUUCAUGUGAUGGACGUACACAAAAUAGUCCAAAUUGGUGAAGUGAAAUGAAAAAAAAUAACUUGUUUCAAAAAAUUCUAAAAAAUAAAUAACGGAAAAGUGGUGCGUGCAUAUGUAUUCACCCCCUUUGCUAUGAAGCCCCUAAAUAAGAUCUGGUGCAACCAAUUACCUUCAGAAGUCACAUAAUUAGUUAAAUAAAGUCCACCUGUGUGCAAUCUAAGUGUCACAUGAUCUGUCACAUGAUCUCAGUAUAUAUACACCUGUUCUGUAAGGCCCCAGAGUCUGCAACACCACUAAGCAAGGGGCACCACCAAGCAAGCGGCACUAUGAAGACAAGGGAGCUCUCCAAACAGGUCAGGGACAAAGUUGUGGAGAAGUACAGAUCAGGGUUGGGUUAAAAAAAAAAGAUCAGUAACUUUGAACAUCCCACGGAGCACCAUUAAAUCCAUUAUUAAAAAAUGUAAAGAAUAUGGCGCCACAACAAACCUGCCAAGAGAGGGCCGCCCACCAAAACUCACGGACCAGGCAACAAAGAGACCACAGCGGAGAUUGGAGUAUCUGUCCAUAGGACCACUUUAAGCCGUACACUUCACAGUGCUGGGCUUUACGGAAGAGUGGCCAGAAAAAAAAGCCAUUGCUUAAAGAAAAAAAUAAGCAAACAUGUUUGGUGUUCGCCAAAAGGCAUGUGGGAGACUCCCCAAACAUAUGGAAGAAGGUACUCUGGUCAGAUGAGUCAAAAUUGAGCUUUUUGGCCAUCAAGGAAUACGCUAUGUCUGGCGCAAACCCAACACCUCUCAUCACCCCAUCCCCACAGUGAAGCAUGGUGGUGGCAGCAUCAUGCUGUGGGGAUGUUUUUCAUCGGCAGGGACUGGGAAACUGGUCAGAAUUGAAGGAAUUAUAGAUGGCACUAAAUACAGGGAAAUUCUAGUUAUGCACGCUUAAGUUUUCUGUGUUUUGGUCUUAUUUCUUGUUUCACAAGAAAAAAUAUUUAGCAUCUUCAAAGUGGUAGGCAUGUCGUGUAAAUCAAAUGAUACAAACCCCCCCAAAAUUCAUUUUAAUUCCAGGUUGUAAGGCAACAAAAUAGGAAAAUUGUCAAGGGGGGUGAAUACUUUGGCAAGCCACACGUGUCCUCUACCACCCCUCUUCAUCAUCCUCCUUCUCCGGAAGGAUUUCCUCCUCCACAGAAGCAGUAUAGACUAACUCUUUGACUACUGCUUUCGAAUCGGCAUUUGCAACUUUGAUGUCAUAAUGCUUUGCAAUGACGAGCAGAUGAGCCUUCGUACAUUUAUCUAGCAUCUCCCAUGGAGGGUUUUCCACAAAUGCUUCCAACUUCAAGUCCAUGGUUUUUAUUUUAUAAGCCUGUGUGUUUAUGCAGCUUUCAAAAUUAUUCCACCAAUCUUAUAAACCCUCAGGGUGGAUGUCAGUGACAGAAAUUCGACCACUUAGGUGUCUUUUGAACACUCAAAUAUCUGGACACAGCAGAGCUUCAGAGUAGGUGAUUAGAGCGACUACCAACCUAACAUACUCAUGGGAAACAUGAGACGAGCCGGACGAGUCCCCAUUUGUUUACGUCCAACCUCGAAACAUAAAUGGAAAAACCAAAGCCUGUAACAUACGAUGCUCUGUCUAUGUCCCAACAGUCUGUAACAUUUUACAUCAACUUACACACCACCGCUGGAGAGGUAAAGAAAAUGAGUAGUAGCUGUAAAAAUACAGUAAUUUCUGCCUUGGGCAAUCCGGCAUUGGUACAUCCAUUUUCUCCAGCCUGUGUUAAUGUGCCUCUGUCCUGCCUGUCCCCAGGUGGUGGAGAAGCUGAUCCGAGGCCUGGCCAUGGAGGACAGUAGAAACAUGUUUGCCCUGUUCGAACACAACAACACCAUGGACCGGGCUGUGGAGAGCAGAGUCAUCGUAGCUGACGUACUCGCCAAGUUCGAGAGGUGAGCCAUCUGGAUGAUGAUGGAGAGAGAGAUACACAGAGAAUAGCCCGGUCCCUGAUCUGUUUGUGCUAAGCUUGCCAAACCCCUAUGGCCAUUGACAUGUUGUUGUGUGACGAUAUGACGAUAUGAGUUAGCAAGACAGCACAAACAGAUCUGGAACCAGGCUACCCACAGAGCGAGAACACAGCCAUAGAUGACUAACAGAUCUGGAACCAGGCUACCCACAGAGCGAGAACACAGCCAUAGAUGACUAACAGAUCUGGAACCAGGCUACCCACAGAGCGAGAACACAGCCAUAGAUGACUAACAGAUCUGGAACCAGGCUAGAUGACCCACAAACCUCUUGAUAUUAUUACUAUAGGGAUGUAGCUCAGUUGGUAGAGCAUGGCGUUUGCAACACCAGGGUUGUGGGUUGGAUUCCCACGGGGGGCCAGUAUGAAAAAUAAAAAAAAUAGUGUAUGCACUAAGUCGCUCUGGAUAAGAGCGUCUGCUAAAUGACUAAAAUGUAAAUGUAAAUGUAUAUUUCUGCUAAGACGAGGGUCUGAAAUUGGUUUGGUUGAUUGACUGAUUGAGUGAGUGAUCGCUUGACUGAUUGGUUCGUUGAUUGAGUGGCUGAUUGAUUGAUUGGCUGAUUGACUGAUUGAUUGAUUGAUUUCCAGGCUGUCAGGCAGUGAGGAGGUGGAGGAGGAGGGACAGUGGAGGCUCUACUUCAAACUCUACUGUUUCCUGGAUGUAGAGAGCAUGCCCAAGGAAGGGGUGGAGUUCGCUUUCAUGUUCGAACAGGUUAGUUCCAUUUUCGUGCUAUUAUUAGAAAGCACCUGAGUAGAAAAGUGUCUACAAUGUCAAACGGAAAAGUUAAAGAAACAAGAAAAUAAAAAAACCUGGGACAAGAGAGGAUGUUGAGAGAGAAGUACAAAAAUGGAAAACCAUACUUUAGUAGCUCAGAAAGUGAAAUUGAUGAGAAUGACAUGGAGUUUGAAAGAGUUGAAGAGAGAGAGGAUUACGUGUUUUUUUUUUUUAUGAAGGAGCGGAUUCGGCACUGCAAGGUGUGGAGGCUGAUGUUUCUGUGGAGAGUGGGACGAAAGGAAAGGAUGACUAAUAUGAUUCUGGCCCAGUGGCUGUUGAGUCGGUGAAAGUAACUCAAAGUGGACUCGUGAUAAUUUUUUUUGCGUUUCAUCCGUCCAGAGGGAACAGGCGCUCUGCACUGUGACUUGCUUUGCUCUCCGGAGCAGGGUGCCGUUGAAAUGAGUGAUAAAUGGCGUUAAGUGUUGAGGAGGAUCAACUGAAAUGGAAGAUUCCUGGUGUCUGUGAUGCCCGCUGUUUGGUGCGACGUAGUGUCGGACGGUGUGCAGACCCGGUGGAGAGCGUGGUGAAAUAGAGAAGGCACUGUCUGUCCUGCUGAGCUUUGAUGCUGUCUUUACCCGACAAAGUCAAGUUAGGAUGUGUCAGUUAUCCAGUGAGAACUUUUGUCCCAAACCCAUUAUGGUGUUUUAGGUGCCAAGCUUAUGGUCACGUUGCAGCAGUGUGUAAAAGGGAGAUUUCUAGAUGUGAGAAGUGUGCAGGAAGGGCAUGAGACAAAGGAAUGUGUAGCAGUGGAGGCUGCUGAGGGGAGGAUGGCUCAUAAUAAUGGCUGUAAUGGAGUGCAAUGGCUGGAAUGGAGUGAAUGGAAUGGUAUCAAACACAUGAAUGUCUUUGAUACUAUUCAAUUCACUCCAUUCCAGCCAUUAUUAUGAGCCAUCCUCCCCUCAGCAGCCUCCACUGAUGUGUAGUAUCAGUGGAAAAAGUUGUGUGUGUUAACUGUAGGGGUUCCUAUGGUGCUGGAAAUCUGAGGUGUCCGGUGAGAGAAAGGCAGGUUGAGGUUGCCAGGAUCAGAGUAGUGCAGAAGGCAGUGGGGAGAGUAGGAGAGGAAGGGGUCCAGGGCGAGGGAUCCUAGGAGGCUCCCUGUGAGUGGAGAGUAGGAGAGGAAGGGGUCCAGGGCGAGGGAUCCUAGGAGGCUCCCUGUGAGUGGAGAGUAGGAGAGGAAGGGGUCCAGGGCGAGGGAUCCUAAGAGGCUCCCUGUGGGUGGAGAGUAGGGGAGUCCAGGGGUCCCUGUGGGUGGAGAGUAGGAGAGGAAGGGGUCCAGGGCGAGGGAUCCUGUGAGGCUCCCUGUGAGUGGAGAGUAGGAGAGGAAGGGGUCCAGGGCGAGGGAUCCUAAGAGGCUCCCUGUGAGUAGGCUGAGGCCAAUAGAGAGUGACAGGAAUAACACGUUUCAGUAAGGUUGGUUUCUUAGCCUUCAUAGCCAUGGUUAUCAGCUGUACCACAGAGAUGGAACGUAAAUCACAGAAAAUAGAUGUUGUGGUGGCAGCUGCAGAGAAGUACUUGGGUGUAAGAGAUUUUACUGCAGAAGAGUUACAAGGUGUGUUGAACGAUAGUGUCCCGUCCGCCCAGGCUGACGGCAUCGAGUAGGAUCAGAUAAGGCCAAAGUAAUGGAAUAGUGGUCCCGUUUAGCUCAGUUGGUAGAGCAUGGCGCUUGCAAUGCCAGGGUUGUGGGUUCGUUUCCCAUAGGGGACCAGUAUGAAAAACUAUGAAAAUGUAUGCAUUCACUAACUGUAGGGUUAGUUGGUAUAGUGGUGAGGUUUUAAUGGGUGUAGGGUUAGUUGGUAUAGUGGUGAGGUUUUAAUGGGUGUAGGGUUAGUUGGUAUAGUGGGGAGGUUUUAAUGGGUGUAGUGGUGAGGUUUUAAUGGGUGUAGGGUUAGUUGGAAUAGUGGUGAGGUUUUACUGGGUGUAGGGUUAGUUGGUAUAGUGGUGAGGUUUUAAUGGGUGUAGUGUUAGUUGGUAUAGUGGUGAGGUUUUAAUGGGUGUAGGGUUAGUUGGUAUAGUGGUGAGGUUUUAAUGGGUGUAGGGUUAGUUGGUAUAGUGGUGAGGUUUUAAUAGGUGUAGUGUUAGUUGGUAUAGUGGUGAGGUUUUAAUGGGUGUAGGUUUAGUUGGUAUAGUGGUGAGGUUUUAAUGGGUAUAGUGUUAGUUGGUAUAGUGGUGAGGUUUUAAUGGGUUUACGUUAGCUUCCGUUUAAGAAACAUUUUUCAACAGAUUCGGUGGAAUGAAUACACCCCUGAUCAGACGCAAACACAGUUCACUUUCAUAGCAGCCACACACAGCAGGGUCCCUUAGAUUUUUGGGUAAUUCCUUCUCGCAUCUACGCGCUCUCCUCCUCUCACCUUUUCCCUUCGCUUGUGGACUUCAGUGCACAACACAUCAGCUGUCUGUGACCAGGCGAAAAAACCUUUCCAAGCCAAACCUUCAUAUCAUGACCGCUAACUGCUACACACAGCCUACAUCGUUUUCACCAUAUUAGCUAAAGUAACGUCAUAGUCAACAUAGCUACUACAACUAACGUGUUAGUAAACCCGCUACAAUCAUGCAGUACAGUGUACACUUAGCAAGCAGUUUAGCAGUUACACCGGCGGGCCCCGGUGGCAAUCAAUUAGUAAAACCAAAAGCUUACCUUGACUUGGAAGAGUUCCAGUGUUGGAUAGCCAUAGCCAGCUAGCUAACAUACAGUAGCAUCCCUCUCUAUUUGAGCCAGGUGUUUGAGUAGGCUAAACUAGCUAGCUGCAUUCGCUAGCUAAGUAAGUAAAAGUGAAAGUGAAAAAUAUAUAAAUAUGUAGCUAGCACUCUCUCUCUUUCUCUCUCUCUCUCACGCUCUCUCUCUCUCUGUCUCUCUCUCCUCUCUCUCUCUCUUUCUCUCUCUCACGCUCUCUCUCUCUCUCUGUCUCUCUCUCUCUCUCUCUCUCAUUCACUCACUCACUCACUCACUCACUCACUCUCUCGCUCUCUCUCUUCUCCUUCAUUUUUGAAGAAAUGUAUUUGUUAAUUAACUGUUCAACUAUUGUCUCUCUCUCUCUUUGAGUCAACUACUCACCACAUUUUAUGCACUGCAGUGCUAGCUAGCUGUAGCUUAUGCUUUCAGUACUAGAUUAAUUAUCUGAUCCUUUGAUUGGGUGGACAACAUGUCAGUUCAUGCUGCAAGAGCUCUGAUAGGUUGGAAGACAUCCUCCGGAAGUUAUCAUAAUUACUAUGGAAGUGGGUGAGAACCACGAGCCUCCUAGGUUUUGUGUUGAAGUCAAUGUACCCAGAGGAGGACGUAAACUAGCUGUCCUCCGGCUACACCAUGGUGCUACCCUACAGAGUGCUGUUGACCUUCUUUGCAAAACAGUGUGUUUUUAAUCAAUUAUUUGGUGACACAAAUAUAUUUAGUAUAGUUUUAUCUAAAAAGGAUAACUUUUUAAAAGUUUCACUAUUUUUAUUUUUAUGAAAUUCACUGAGGACGAAUAUUGUAUAUAUAUUGUAAAUAUUGUAAAGUGGUUAUCCCACUGGCUAUAAGGUGAAUGCACCAAUUUGUAAGUCGCUCUGGAUAAGAGUGUCUGCUAAAUGAUGUAAAUGUAAAUGUAAUGUCCUCCCCUUCCUCCUCUGAGGAGCCUCCACUGACAGGGAGACUGUGAUGAGCCUCACACUCCAUUACAGUAGGUGGCGGUGUAUGCACCUCUCGGUUGCGACCCACCAAUACAAAUUUAAAGAAGAAGAACAAGAAUACGCUCCGCCAUUCAAUGUUCGUUUUUACUACCUGAACAUGGAGACAUGCCGUAUCAUUCUCCCCGCAGCCCAUGGAGGCAGUGCUGUCGCUUGGUUCCUUGAUCUGAUCUAUAGCCUAUUUUUGCAUUGAUAACCAAAUAUAUCCUAUUUUGCAUUGAUAACCAAAUGUAAUCUCAGCGACUGUUCAAAAAGGUAUUUUGUUUAGAAGUAAUAACUAGUGAUAUUUGGUAAAACAACUAACGUUAACUAGCCAUGUGCUUUUUUCUCCUUGACCAAAACAUGACGUUCUAUUUUUAGCUGAUAGGAGAAUGAAUACACAAGAAGCCUAUCAAACUGGGAUAAUGUUUUACACUAGCAAGAAUAAGGCCAGGGCAUACAGUGAGGGAAAAAAGUAUUUGAUCCCCUGCUGAUUUUGUACGUUUGCCCACUGACAAAGAAAUGAUCAGUCUAUCAUUUUAUGGUAGGUUUAUUUGAACAGUGAGACAGAAUAACAACAAAAAAUUUCGCAAAUGGAAGAAACACAAAAGAACUGUCAAUCUCCCUCGGCCUGGGGCUCCAUGCAAGAUCUCACCUCGUGGAGUUGCAAUGAUCAUGAGAACGGUGAGGAAUCAGCCCAGAACUACACGGGAGGAUAUUGUCAAUGAUCUCAAGGCAGCUGGGACCAUAGUCACCAAGAAAACAAUUGGUAACACACUACGCCUUGAAGGACUGAAAUCCUGCAGCGCCCGCAAGGUCUCCCUGCUCAAGAAAGCACAUAUACAGGCCCGUCUGAAGUUUGCCAAUGAACAUCUGAAUGAUUCAGAGGAGAACAGGGUGAAAGUGUUGUGGUCAGAUGAGACCAAAAUCGAGCUCUUUGGCAUCAACUCAACUCGCCGUGUUUGGAGGAGGAAUGCUGCCUAUGUCCCCAAGAACACCAUCCCCACCAUCAAACAUGGAGGUGGAAACAUUAUGCUUUGGGGGUGUUUUUCUACUAAGGGGACAGGACAACUUCACCGCAUCAAAGGGACGAUGGACGGGGCCAUGUACCGUCAAAUCUUGGGUGAGAACCUCCUUCCCUCAGCCAGGGCAUUGAAAAUGAGUCGUGGAUGGGUAUUCCAGCAUGACAAUGACCAAAAACACACGGCCAAGGCAACAAAGGAGUGGCUCAUGAAGAAGCACAUUAAGGUCCUGGAGUGGCCUAGCCAGUCUCCAGACCUUAAUCCCAUAGAAAAUCUGUGGAGGGAGCUGAAGGUUCGAGUUGCCAAACGUCAGCCUCGAAACCUUAAUGACUUGGAGAAGAUCUGCAAAGAGGAGUGGGACAAAAUCCCUCCUGAGAUGUGUGCAAACCUGGUGGCCAACUACAAGAAACGUCUGACCUCUGUGAUUGCCAACAAGGGUUUUGCCACCAAGUACUAAGUCAUGUUUUGCAGAGGGGUCAAAUACUUAUUUCCCUAUUAAAAUCUCUUUUAUAAAUAGACAGCGUUUUUCUGGAUUCAUGUUGUUUUCUGUCUCUCAUUUCAAAUAAACCUACCAGAAAUAUAGACUGUCGUCUUUGUCAUGGGCAAACUUACAAAUGCCAAAUUUUUUUCCCUUCACUAUAUUUAUUGAAUAUAAAUCUAUAUUUCACAAUAGAUGUGGGAAGCUAAAUAGCUAGCUGCUAGUGUUAGCCACCUGCCACUCGGCACUACUACAGGAAGGCGAUCUUCCUCCUUUCAUUGGCUGUGCGAAGUUGCUGGAUAUUGGGUGGAACUGGAACACGCUGUUGUACACAGUGAUCCAGAGCAUCCCAAACAUGCUCAAUGGGUGACAUGUCUGGUGAGUAUGCAGGCCAUGGAAGAACUGGGACAUUUUCAGCUUCCAGGAAUUGUGUACAGAUCCUUGCGACAUGGGCCGUGCAUUAUCAUGCUGAAACAUGAGGUGAUGGCAGCGGAUGAAUGGCACUACAAUGGGUUUAGGAACUUACAUUUACAUUUUAGUCAUUUAGCAGACGCUCUUAUCCAGAGCGACUUACAGUUAGUGAGUGCAUACAUUAUUUUAAAUUACAUUUUUCAUACUGGCCCCCCGUGGGAAUCGAACCCACAACCCUACCUAAGCCUACAUAUCAAUACAUAUACACAAACUAUCUAGGUCAAAUAGGGGAGAGGCGUUGUGAGGUGUUGUUUUAUCUGUUUUUUAAACCAGGUUACUGUUUAUUUGAGCAAUAUGAGAUGGAACGAAAAGCUCUAUAUAAUACUGUACGCUGUCUUGAAUUUGUUCUGGAUUUGGGGACCUUGAAAAGACCCCUGGUGGCAUGUCUGGUGGGGUAAGUGUGUGUGUCAGAGCUGUGUGUAUGUUGAUUAUGCAAACAAUUUGGAAUUUUCAACACAUUCAUGUUUCUUAUAAAAAGAAGAAGUGAUGCAGUCACUUAUGGUAGAGAAAUACAAAUUAAAUUCUCUGGCAUCAGCUCUGGUGGACAUUCCUGCAGUCAGCAUGCUUAUUGAUAUGCCACACCUGCCAGGUGGAUGGAUUAUCUUGGCCAAGGAGAAAUGCUCACUAACAGGGAUGUAAACAAAUUUGUGCACAACAAUUUGAGAGAAAUAAGCUUUUUUGUGUGCGUGGAAAAUGUAUGGGAUCUUUUAUUUCAGCUCAUGAAACAUGAGACCAUGAAACAUGUUGCGUUUAUAUUUUUGUUCAGUAUAUAAAUGUAAUGUUAUGUAAACGUAAAAAUAAUGUUAAUGUCAUUUAAUGUAAAUACAAUUGUAAUGUAUAUGUAAAUGUACUGUAAUGUUAAUGUAAUAAUAUACAUGCCUCCUCCAGGCCCAUGAGUCUCUGACCAACGGUCACUUCCCGGCCCCAGAGGACACCCUGCAGCACCUGGCUGCUCUCAGGCUCCAGUUCCUUCACGGGGACAAGGCCCGGGUCAGCUGGUCUCUGGACAACGUCUACCCUGUAGGGAGGCUCCGUGCACGCAUCCUGCACUUCACCAAGGUACUUAUAUAUGUUUCAUAAGCCCUCAGGUUUACAGUGCAUUCGGAAAGUAUUCAGACCCCUUGACCUUUUCCACAUUUUGUUACGUUACAGCCUUAUUCUAAAAUUCAUUAAAUUGAUCAAUCUACACACUAUACCCCAUAAUGACAAAGCAAAAACAUUUUUUUUGAAAUUUUUGCAAAUAUAUUACAAAUGAACUACUGAAAUAACACAUUUACAUAAGUAUUCAGACCUUUUACUCAGUACUUUGUUGAAGCAUUACAGCCCAGAGUCUUCUUGGGUAUGACGCUACAAGCUUGGCACACCUGUAUUAGGGGAGUUUCUCCCAUUCUUCUCUGCAGAUCGUCUCAAGCUCUGUCAGGUUGGAUGGGGAGCAUCGCUGCACAGCUAUUUUCAGGUCUCUCCAGAGAUGUUUGAUCAGGUUCAAGUCCAGGCUCUGGCUGGGCCACUCAAGGACAUUCAGAGACUUGUCCCGAAGCCACUCCUGCAUUGUCUUGGCUAUGUGCUUAGGGUCGUUGUCCUGUUGGAAAGUGAAGCUUCGCCCCCAGUCUGAGGUCCUGAGUGCUCUGGAGCAGGUUUUCAUCAAGGAUCUCUCUGUACUUUGCUCCGUUCAUCUUUCCCUCGAUCCUGACUAGUCUUCCAGUCCCUGCCGCUGAAAAACAUCCCCAGAGCAUGAUGCUGCCACCACCAUGCUUCACCGUAGGGAUGGUGCCAGAUUUCCUCCAGACAUGACGCUUUGCAUUCAGGCCAAAUAGUUCAAUCUUGGUUUCAUCAGACCAGAGAAUCUUGUUUCUCAUGGUCUGAGAGUCCUUUAGGUACCUUUUGGCAAACUCCAAGCGGACUGUCAUGUGCCUUUUACUGAGGAGUGGCUUCCGUCUACCAUAAAGGCCUGAUUGGUGGAGUGCUGCAGAGAUGGUUGAUCUUCUGGAAGGUUCCAAUUUUUCUAAAAACCUGUUUUCGCUUUGUCAUUAUGGGUAUUGUGUGUAGAUUGAUGAGGGAAAAAAUGUAUUUAAUACAUUUUUAGAAUAAGGCUGUAACAUAACAAAAUGUGGAAAACGUCAAGGGGUCUGAAUACUUUCCGAAUGCACUGUAUGUAUCUCUGAUGUAUGUUGUUGCUGUAUGUUGCCUUUGCUGGUGACAAAUCCCACUUAGGUAAGUUACACUCCAUUGUUUUAUGUAGGUGGACUAAUAAAGUAGUGUAUAGGGACUAAUAAUUGUAUAGGUGGACUAAUAAAGUUGUAUUGAAUAGGUGGACUAAUAAAGUUGUAUUUAUUUGUAUAGGUGGGUGCAGCUGGAGCGGCGGGGCCUGUGGGCCACACCCUUGAGCGGAGGCGGACCAGCUUCCUGGAUGGGACCCUGCGCCGCAGCAGGCUGAAGACGGGCUCCAUGAAGAAACAGAAGAUGGAGGAGGAACAGGUAGCGGUUAGAGAAGCAGGAAGGUUGCCGGUCAAAUCUCAGCUCCAGUGAAACUGGAGGUUUGCUGGCUGGCAUCAUCCUAGAUGCCAUCGCCUGCCCUUGAGCCCUUGAGCAAGGUACCAAUAAAGUCUUGUUCUUGUUCAGAUGCUGGAGAUGUGGGUGAAGGAGGAGACUUCAGCCACCAGAACCUCCAUCGUAGAGAAGUGGUCCAGACUCCAGGGACUGGACCAGCACACUGCCAUGCUCAAAUACAUGGCCAUCAUCAAGGAGUGGCCCGGAUAUGGGUCCACACUGUUUGACGUAGAGGUAACUACAUGACAACACAGACUAGCUUCCUGUCCAAGGGGUGGACAUCAACCUCCCUCACACUACAGAAACAGGAGAUAGGGCCCUAUGGGCCAUUCUGGCUCGGACAAAGCUAACUUACUUUACUUACAUGUGGACCGGUACUGUAUAGAUCAGUGGUUCCCAAACUAGGGGUCGCGGGAGAGUUUCCAAAAUGAUCUUGGUGAUCCCAAAUCCCCCCCCCCCUCCCCCAAUGUGGUUAACCUUCAAAAUCUAAAUGAAAAUUAUUCAAAUCUAAAUGAUACAAUUCAACCAGAGAGCGCCCUAAGAUGAUGGGGAAAAGCCGCACUUGACCGUUGCCCUUGAAUCAUUCCCAAGGUGAAUGGCUAGGUCCGCUAUGCUGUGAAACCACACACUAGUGCAGAGACUUUGAUAUUACCGGACGUAACUGAUAUAGUUAAAACAAUGUGUGGGGAGGCAGAGGCACAGACACUCCCAUCAAUACCUUUGUCAGAUAACGCUGUUAAACAAAGAAAUUAUGCUAUUUCUAGCAAUCAAGAGGAAACUGACUGAACAACUCACUCUCCAGUUUAUGCUCUCCAGAUGGACGUUAGCUGUGAGGGCCAAGAUGCCCAUGCAUUGACUUUAGUUCGCUACAUGUCGGAGGACGCUAUUCACAAGGACAUAUUGUUCUGUCUCAUGAUUCCCGAGCAUGAAACGGCAAAAGGGAUGUUCAGUGUGCUGCGUGGCUAUAUUGACGAAAAACUGAUUCCAAAUCAAAUCAAAUACACAUAUUUAGCAGAUGUUAUUGCGGGUGUAGCAAAAUGCUUGUGUUUCUAGUUCCAACAGUGCAGUAGUAUCUAAUAAUUCACAACAAUACACACAAAUCUAAAAGUAAAAUAAUGAAAUUAAGAAAUAUAUAAAUAUUAGGAUGAGCAAUGUCGGAGUGGCAUUGACUAAAAUACAGUAGAAUAGAAUACAGUAUAUACACUCAGCAAAAAAAGAAACGUCCCCUUUUCAGGACCCUGUCUUUCAAAGAUAAUUCUUAAAAAUCCAAAUAACUUCACAGAUCUUCAUUGUAAAGGGUUUAAACACUGUUUCCCAUGCUUGUUCAAUGAACCAUAAACAAUAAAUGAACAUGAACCUGUGGAACGGUCGUUAAGACACUAACAGCUUACAGACGGUAGGCAAUUAAGGUCACAGUUAUGAAAACUUAGGACACUAAAGAGGCCUUUCUACUGACUCUGAAAAACACCAAAAGAAAGAUGCCCAGGGUCCCUGCUCAUCUGCGUGAACGUGCCUUAGGCAUGCUGCAAGGAGGCAUGAGGACUGCAGAUGUGGCCAGGGCAAUAAAUUGCAAUGUCUGUACUGUGAGACGCCUAAGACAGCGCUACAGGGAGACAGGAUGGACAGCUGAUCGUCCUCGCAGUGGCAGACCACGUGUAACAACACCUGCACAGGAUCGGUACAUCCGAACAUCACACCUGCGGGACAGGUACAGGAUGGCAACAACAACUGCCCGAGUUACACCAGGAACGCAAGGAAAGGCUGGACUGAGGGCUUGUAGGCCUGUUGUAAGGCAGGUCCUCACCAGACAUCACCGGCAACAACGUCGCCUAUGGGCACAAACCCACUCUUGCUGGACCAGACAGGACUGGCAAAAAGUGCUCUUCACUGACGAGUCGCAGUUUUGUCUCACAUGGGGUGAUGGUCGGAUUCACGUUUAUCGUCGAAGGUAUGAGCAUUACACCGAGGCCUGUAUCGAUUUGGAGGUGGCGGGUCCGUCAUGGUCUGGGGCGGUGUGUCACAGCAUCAUCGGACUGAGCUUGUUGUCAUUGCAGGCGAUCUCUUUGUCUUGAAAGCACCAUAAACCUCAUGGUACCCUCCAUCAGCUCCUAUCUGUGUGAAGCUGGAUUCAGUGCUCUCGUCUGCAUUAAAACCAAAUAUCGAUCCAGGUUGGAUGUGACAGCAGAGAUGAGGUGAGCACUGUCGACCACGCCCCCUGACUUUGAGAAGCUCCAACGACAUGCAUCAAGCCACACCCAUCUCAUUAGUGGUGGAGAGAUAAGAUACAUUAUGUCAGACUAAUUUGCAUUUGACUGUCAUAGCCCCGCGUUAAAAGUAUGUGAUGGUGAGUUGAGAAGACAAUCAGAAAUACUGUUAGAAUGUUUUUCAAUUGACUGCCAAUAUUGGCUGUUUUACAUGGCUGGGGUCCCGAGAAUUUUCAGAUAUCAAAAAAGGUUUGGGAACCCCUGGUUUAGAUAGUAUGGGGACUGUAUCUGGUUUAGAUAGUAUGGGACUGUAUCUGGUUUAGAUAGUAUGGGGACUGUAUCUGGUUUAGAUAGAUAGUAUGGGGACUGUAUCUGGUUUAGAUAGAUAGUAUGGGGACUGUAUCUGGUUUAGAUAGUAUGGGACUGUAUCUGGUUUAGAUAGUAUGGGGACUGUAUCUGGUUUAGAUAGAUAGUAUGGGGACUGUAUCUGGUUUAGAUAGAUAGUAUGGGGACUGUAUCUGGUUUAGAUAGUAUGGGGACUGUAUCUGGUUUAGAUAGAUAGUAUGGGGACUGUAUCUGGUUUAGAUAGUAUGGGGACUGUAUCUGGUUUAGAUAGAUAGUAUGGGGACUGUAUCUGGUUUAGAUAGAUAGUAUGGGGACUGUAUCUGGUUUAGAUAGAUAGUAUGGGGACUGUAUCUGGUUUAGAUAGAUAGUAUGGGGACUGUAUCUGGUUUAGAUAGAUAGUAUGGGGACUGUAUCUGGUUUAGAUAGAUAGUAUGGGGACUGUAUCUGGUUUAGAUAGAUAGUAUGGGGACUGUAUCUGGUUUAGAUAGAUAGUAUGGGGACUGUAUCUGGUUUAGACAGAUAGUAUGGGGACUGUAUCUGGUUUAGAUAGAUAGUAUGGGGACUGUAUCUGGUUUAGAAUCUCUUAACUCCAGGUAAAGUUUCUUAAUAACGUCAAUCACAUUGUAUCAGGGAAGGUAAGAAGAGAAGAAUGAUUGAAAAUAGCUUGCUGGUUUCCACUGCCAGGGCUCUGACCUGUAUGUGUCUGUGAGAGGGGAUGAGAGAGAGAGAGAAGAGAGGAGCGAGGAAAAAAAAGAGAGGAGAGAGAGCGCGAGGAGGAGAGAGAGAGGGAGAUGAGAGCGAAGAGCGAGGGAGAGAGAGAGAGAGAGAGAGCUCUCUUGGUCUCUCUCUCUCACCCCCCUCUCUCUCUCUCUCUCUCUCUCUCUCUCUCUUCAUCUUCUCUCGAUUCUCUCUCAUCUCUAUCGCUCUCUGUGUCCUCAGUGUAAGAAGGAGGCUUUCCUCAUGACCUGUGGCUGAGUGUGAGUGCAGAGAACGUGUCGGUCUACAAGAGAGGAGAACCCAAACCUCUAGAGACAUUCCCCUACGAACACAUCAUCUUCUUCGGCGCUCCGCAGGCCGCUACCUAUAAGAUCACAGUGGACGACAGAGAGAUGUUCUUUGAGACACCUCUGGUACAGUAUACCACCAUAAUACAACAUUAGAGAAAUAGUAGCCUGGUCCCAGGUCUGUUUAUAACACCAGAUUAUAAAUGACCAGUAGUAGCCUGGUCCAGGUCUGUUUAUAAACACCAGAUUAUAAAUGACCAGUAGUAGUCUGGUCCCAGGUAUGUUUAUAACACCAGAUUAUAAAUGACACAGUAGCCUGGUCCCAGGUCUGUUUAAACACCAGAUUAUAAAUGACCAGUAGUAGCCUGGUCCCAGGUCUGUUUAAACACCAGAUUAUAAAUGACCAGUAGUAGCCUGGUCCAGGUCUGGUUUAUAACACCAGAUUAUAAAUGACCAGUAGUAGCCUGGUCCCAGGUCUGUUUAUAACACCAGAUUAUAAAUGACCAGGUAGUAGCAUGGUCCAGGUUGUUUAUAACACCAGAUUAUAAAUGACCAGUAGUAGCUGGUCCCAGGUCUGUUUAUAACACCAGAUUAUAAAUGACCAGUAGUAGCCUGGUCCCAGGUCUGUUUAUAACACAGAUUAUAAAUGACCAGUAGUAGCCUGGCCCAGGUCUGUUAUAACACAGAUUAUAAAUGACCAGUAGUAGCCUGGUCCCAGGUCUGUUUAUAACACCAGAUUAUAAAUGACCAGUAGUAGCCUGGUCCCAGGUCUGUUUAUAACACCAGAUUAUAAAUGACCAGUAGUAGCCUGGUCCCAGGUCUGUUUAUAACACCAGAUUAUAAAUGACCAGUAGUAGCCUGGUCCCAGGUCUGUUUAUAACACCAGAUUAUAAAUGACCAGUAGUAGCCUGGUCCCAGGUCUGUUUAUAACACCAGAUUAUAAAUGACCAGUAGUAGCCUGGUCCCAGGUCUGUUUAUAACACCAGAUUAUAAAUGACCAGUAGUAGCCUGGUCCCAGGUCUGUUUAUAACACCAGAUUAUAAAUGACCAGUAGUAGCCUGGUCCCAGGUCUGUUUAUAACACCAGAUUAUAAAUGACCAGUAGUAGCCUGGUCCCAGGUCUGUUUAUAACACCAGAUUAUAAAUGACCAGUAGUAGCCUGGUCCCAGGUCUGUUUAUAACACCAGAUUAUAAAUGACCAGUAUAGCCUGGUCCCAGGUCUGUUUAUAACACCAGAUUAUAAAUGACCAGUAGUAGCCUGGUCCCAGGUCUGUUUAUAACACCAGAUUAUAAAUGACCAGUAGUAGCCUGGUCCCAGGUCUGUUUAUAACACCAGAUUAUAAAUGACCAGUAGUAGCCUGGUCCCAGGUCUGUUUAUAACACCAGAUUAUAAAUGACCAGUAGUAGCCUGGUCCCAGGUCUGUUUAUAACACCAGAUUAUAAAUGACCAGUAGUAGCCUGGUCCCAGGUCUGUUUAUAACACCAGAUUAUAAAUGACCAGUAGUAGCCUGGUCCCAGGUCUGUUUAUAACACCAGAUUAUAAAUGACCAGUAGUAGCCUGGUCCAGGUCUGUUUAUAACACCAGAUUAUAAUGACCAGUAGUAGCCUGGUCCCAGGUCUGUUUAUAACACCAGAUUAUAAAUGACCAGUAGUAGCCUGGUCCCAGGUCUGUUUAUAACACCAGAUUAUAAAUGACCAGUAGUAGCCUGGUCCCAGGUCUGUUUAUAACACCAGAUUAUAAAUGACCAGUAGUAGCCUGGUCCCAGGUCUGUUUAUAACACCAGAUUAUAAAUGACCAGUAGUAGCCUGGUCCCAGGUCUGUUUAUAACACCAGAUUAUAAAUGACCAGUAGCCUGGUCCCAGGUCUGUUUAUAACACCAGAUUAUAAAUGGGACCAGUUCAGUAAGCCUGGUCCCAGGUCUGUUUAUAACACCAGAUUAUAAAUGACCAGUAGUAGCCUGGUCCCAGGUCUGUUUAUAACACCAGAUUAUAAAUGACCAGUAGUAGCCUGGUCCCAGGUCUGUUUAUAACACCAGAUUAUAAAUGACCAGUAGUAGCCUGGUCCCAGGUCUGUUUAUAACACCAGAUUAUAAAUGACCAGUAGUAGCCUGGUCCCAGGUCUGUUUAUAACACCAGAUUAUAAAUGACCAGUAGUAGCCUGGUCCCAGGUCUGUUUAUAACACCAGAUUAUAAAUGACCAGUAGUAGCCUGGUCCCAGGUCUGUUUAUAACACCAGAUUAUAAAUGACCAGUAGUAGCCUGGUCCCAGGUCUGUUUUCACUCAUGCCAACUCCAUUAGUGUCAACAGACAUAUUUGGCAUGACAAUGAACGACAGGGAAUUGACAUGAUAGCACUCCAGGCUAGCCUUUCAGAACUUCACCCAACAAGGCCUUGGCUGUUAUGAUGCUUCUAAACAUGUGUCUGUUCAGUGUGCAUCGUUCAGUUGUUUGUUUUCCCUGCUGUUAAAACUCUAUCAUCUGUGGUGUUUCAGGUUGGAGAGAUCACCAAGAUCAUGAAAGCCUACAUCAACACGAUAGUGAAGAAGAGAUGCAGUGUCAGAUCUGUGUCCAGCUACGGAACCAACUGGAUCAGGUAAUUAGGGGGACGGGACCCGGACAGAACACAGCCCAGUUG